AGGAACACGCCCCGGCUCUCCCCAUGCAACCCCCUCCUCCUCCUCUCUUCAGCGCCACACCGAGCUGCUCCACGCGUCUCCACUGCCACUCUGUUCCGCGGGGUGCUGGAGGAGGGCGCUCCGGUUCAAGUGGACUUCCUCUGCCUGUUUAUCUCACUGAGAGAAGAGGCAGCGAUCCCCUGCGCGACGGGACGCCUCCCUCGUGUUGUGUCUGCAGGUUUGUUUUGCGCACCUGACUACCGGAGCGCGCAGGGCUGCACGCGGAGCGGAACAUCCGGAUUGGAGCACCUCUUCACUUCCACACCUGCUGUGUUUGAGCCGAGCACACACACACACUCCUCCGAGGGGGCAUUCGGAGAGGCUCUCUGACCUCCGCUGCUUACCGGCUGCUCCCCCCUGAGAGUCCGGGUGGAAGGGUAGCCGCUGUGUCCGGAUGAGGAUCCCGGUAAACAGGUAAACUCGCCUCUCUUAUCUUUCUUGUAGGUCUGCGUGUUUGCUUAGUGGGGAUGAUAAAUGAUCAAGCGUCCCAGUGGAGCCUCUAACGACUUCAUGGUGACCUUCUGCUACUUUGUAAUGUGCUCUUUUCUGCAGAGCCUGACUGUUUCUGCAGGUCCUGAGCCCCGUUCAGCUCAGUUAGACGGUUUCAUUCUUAUUCUUCGUGAAUGAUCCACUUGCAAAUCAAAUUUGAAACUCCCCCCCUUGCAGGAAAGCUCUCCUGGUGCUGCAGCUCAAUGAUCAAACAUCAUGUAUUUUUCAAAGACCAAAAAUCUUUACAAGUGCACGCCUGAGCUGGGAGCAAAGUGAACCUCGCAGAGUUGAUUCUGAAGAUCAUGAACUCCAAGAGAUCUUUGUCUGGUUUUCACACUUUUUUAUAGAUACAGCAGCGUCAGAAUGCGGAGAGGUUUAGUUCUGUGGUCCACUCACACAUCCAGAGCAUCAUUUCAUCUUCUCUCCCCGCUGUGUUUGUGUCGGUGCAUCAUCCGUCUUGUCUCAGGCGACAGGUGAUAUUUCCUGUGCCUCUGCCUGUCAUCAUUAUUCUGCAUUAAGUCUCUAAUAGGGCUUUUCUUAUUGGUUAAGUGCCUAAAGCUCUGUGGCAGACAGGGAGAAUGAAGAUGAAAAGCGCAGAGUAAUGAGCGACAUUUGGCGUGUUUGAUAUUAAAAAGGCUUUUGUUUAACGUCAGGGUGAUGAUACUGCUCCUAUUACACCUGACUGUGCUCGACAGCUUCUGAAAGUUUGCUGUAAUGCAUGUCUGGACUCUGAGUCUGAGUCUUUUGCGUGUCUUUAUCGAACUCAAGAAGCUUUCCGAUAGACGGUACAUCAUGAAACUAUCAGAGUAGAGUUGUUUUGGUAAACAUAGAGGAAGAGUUUCAUCAGGAGUGGUAUUUUUGGACUUAAGUGUUUCUACGGCGUGUUAUUCGGACAGUAAAGUGUUAAAGUUUGAUUUCCAUUAACACAGAGAGCCUGCUGCACCGAGCUUCAAUAUUGCAUGAUGGUGUAAAAAUAACAGGAGUGGAACAUCAGUCAGGAGUUAUUUCACACUUCACUUAUCUGCUGAAAACUAAAGAAGAGUUAUUUAAGGGCGAUCAUGGCUGAAUGUCUGAUUAUUGAUCUGAAUACUGUUUGGACCUCCUUUCAAGUUUUCAUCUCUGUUUGUAUGGAUUCAUGAAAAACAAAGUCUUUUAAACUUUCAUUUGAAAUUGAAACAUCUCACAGGUUUAUCUCACUGAAAUGUGUAAAAUGAUCUCAAACUCUAAAGCUUCAUGAUAUGUUUGCAGUUGUUUUAUGCAACAACUGCAGCUGUUGUUGUGUGUAGGGAUGCACCGAUCCACAUUUUUUCACAUCCGAUCAGAUCUCAAUUCCUGAAUUUGGAUAUCUGCCAAUACCGAUACUAUUCCGAUACCAGAGCUCUGUUAGCUUUAUCAUCAUUUUUAUCAUUAUUGUUUAUUGUCUGCUGGAAGUUUACCUUGCUUUUGGUUUGACUCCAGGAGUAAUUCCUGGUGGCUCUUUUCCUCUUUCUGUGCCCUGGCUAAAAAAUCGUUGUGCUCUUUCAUGUGGUGCUUUUUCAGAUGUUUGAUUACAGUAGUGGUAUUGUACGUUGCAACAGAGGAUCCGCCUCUCUGAAUAACUGCUUUGCAAACAUUGUACGUUGCUGUCUUACUUUGCAGCGUUUGGACUGUAAAAUAUUUCCACAUGGCAGACAUGUUGUGUGGAAAAGUUCACUAGCCGGAGUGCUGCUCAAUGCUAGCCUGAUAGCGGCCUGGCUGCAAACUGUGGAAUGGAUUUCCUUAACGGGGGCGUGUUUCAUCUCAAGUAGCCCUGUUUAUAUGGGUAGUUUUCCUCAAUCUGAUUGAAAUCAAUCGGAUUAAGUGAAUCUGAUUCCAUCUGUAUACAUGAACUUUAAGUAAAGCGAUCCACGUUCAAUCCGCAUUUGCAUGGCCCCAGCUGAAUCCGAUCGUAUUGUUUUUUUUACAUGUGCAGAAGGUCACUCUGCCACUACCUGCAAAUGUGUAAGAGAAGAAGAGGUGCACUUCCUGCUUCCUGUUUACCUGCGCACGACACUACGUGCCUCUUACGUACUACGGAGUGCCUGCGCAGACCGAACAAGCCUCUCUGUAAACCCAAUCUGCUCCACUCAGCCGUAUAUAUGGAGCUUGGAGCGGAUUAUCAAUCGGCGUAGACUACCUCUUACAAUCCGACCCGAAAUACAAUCAGAUCCAGGUGAAUCAGAUUGGCUAAGGUGUUUAUAUGAGACAUUUUGAAUCUGAUUGAUCUUUCAAUCUGAUUUUAAAUAGGAUUUUUGGACCCAUGUAAACAGGGCUAAUGAGACACACCUCCGUUCAGGAAAUCUGUUUCGCAGUUUCCUGCCAGCCAGCACACUGACCGGCAAGACUCACUUGUACAGUCAUUUCAGCAAACAUAGUGAAAGAAAAAGACAUGACUAAUGGAUCGGAAAUUUUCGAACCAUCUGGUUGGUAUCUGAACCCGAUACCAAUACUGGAUUGGAUCGGCCCCGUCCCUAGUUGUGUGUAGACAGGAGAAAGACCCUCCUAUACAUGUACUGUAAACACACUUUUAUUGUGUUUUUGACGUACAGGCAUACUGUGAUCAAGAGCAACAUGGGCUAGCUUUGCAGGCAGCACUGUAGACAGACAUGACUCUGUAGUGGAAAUCACAGCAUUGGCUCAAAAUCAUCUCCAAUAAUCAUUGUCUGUAAAAACAGUUUGUCACUACAUUUGCAAAUGCAAAGUAGGGGUGGGAAUCAUUAGUGACCACAUGAUAAGAUAUUUUCACGAUACUUGGGCCACGAUCUGAUUUUAGUGUGAUUUUUUACAUUUUGCAAUACAGUGAGUAUUGCGAUACAAUAUAUUGCGAUUUCUAUAAUUUUUGCAACUACUGAGCUAAUUCAGAAUUUGGCUUUCCUUGUAUUUUAUUUUCAGGUAGCACAUCUUGCAAACCUUAUAUAUAUUUGUUGCACUAACUUUCUCCUGCUCUGUGGUGUCACCUCUGCCAACCUCACUGGACAAACAGUCGAUUUUAUCAUAGAUUUGACUUCAUGUUAGGAAUUAAUUUGAAAAAUAGCUACUUGGUUAAUGAGACGAUGCGGUAUAUCACCAGACAAAAUAUCGCGAUACUGUACUGUAUUGAUUUUGUCUCCCACCCCUAGUUUAAACCAAACCAUGUAAAGAGAAACCAGAUGUAAACAUGAUCCAGAAACACCAGAGAGAUGGACUGAUGGGAGUGGAAAACAUUCAGUACAUAACAUCCUAACUUUUUUUGGCCUUGUGUCAGGAUUUCUGUUGGAUGUUUGACAGCUAUGAAACUUUGAUAUAUCCUCUGAUAUAUCCUUGUGUUAUGUGGUGAGGGUGUCAUCAGAAGAAGUGUCGCUGUGAGUCUAAUUUGAGCUGCAGAGGUCAUGAUGGCGUGCAGUUAGCAGCGGCAGGGACAGCGAAUCGUCCUAAUGACUCCUGUGGGCGCGGUGCUGCUGGACAUUGAGGAAGAGCCUGAACAUGCUCGCCGAUGACCUUCUCCGAGUAACAAAUGAAGCGCAGACGAAAAACAACCGAGGCUGCCAACUCCAGUAAAACAGUGAAGAAAAAAAGAGCAGAGCGCGAGUCUAUCAGUCUGAUUUUACAGCAGCCUCUCACAGCAUCAAUCUCACACCGAGCCGGUUAUUACAUUUCACUCACGUUCUCCUUUGCUGGAGCGCUAAUUGAAUCCAUCCAAUAUUCAGGGAAAGACCUACCUACUGUACCAACCUGACCUUGGGUACCGCUUCCUGAUAACUUGAGAGGGUGAGACGCUUCAGAGGAAGUCAGGCCUGGCGGUGUGAUGCUGUGUCAUCACUCCAAAUUCAUGAUGGCCGACCUGCUACGUCCAAUUUACAAAGUCGUGUUUUGGUGACUACAACAUGGAUUAAUUUCGGGUUUAGCCAGUGAUUAUAGAGGCAGGAGGAGGCAGACGGAUGGAGAGGAGGCUUGUGGGAUUGAAAUCUGAGAACGGUGCAGGAAUUUGUCCACGCUGACAAUCUUAUCCAAGUCAUCUUCUCUCAGGAUGGCGGUGAUAUACGACUAAGGUGACCGUCAUCAUUAUUCAGACCGCUCUCCUCCUUCGUCUUCUUCCCCCUGGCAUGCCUUCCUCUUGGGUCUGAUCAGCUGGUUUCUAUUAUCCUGCAGUGAUGAUUUGUGGAGGUCUGUAGGGCUGUAGCAUCUGAAGGACGGCAUGUUGUGGAGCCUUCCAAAACAAUAUCAUAACCCACAUCCAUUAGCCAUAUGGGUUCCACUCCCCAGAUUUGCUUGAUGCAAUUUCCGUGUCCUCCCCCAGCGCCGCCACAGCGCAGGUCUGGGAUUCAUUUAAUUAGAAGAUUUUUUUUUUGUUCCUCUGGUUCUCCACCUUUCUGCAAGAUGUGUUUCCAUUUAAUAUCCAUCCUGUGCUAGAAAUGAAGACUGCAACUGGGAGAAAUUGAUGUGAUGGAUGAAAAUCUCAAAGUCGGAUAAUAAGCAGAACCUGAUGUUUUUUUUUUUUUUCACUCUGCAGUGAAAUUUUCUUGUGUUUCCCAACAGUAACUCCGUAGACAGUCAUAAUGUCAAAAAGCUGAUAAAAGAAGCAAAUAUUCAAGUCUCUGUAGAAAGAUGUAGGUUCAGCAUCAUUGAUUAAAGUUGACAAUAUUGCAGAAAUCCCCUUAGUAAAGGUGCAGUUUGUAGUUUUUGGCAGCAUUUAUCACCUGGAUGUCUUGGUUGGUUAUUUACCCCCAAUUUCCACCGCAUCAGGAAUGUUUACGAAAAAGCCAUAUCUGCCAAUCUUAGCUGGUCGUAACCAUUCAAGUUAAUGUGUCAAUUUCCACCCGCUUCUUUUCAUUCAGCUGCAGAUCGCCGGACUCUGCAGCUGAUCGCAAGGGUUCUAAUUUUACGGGACGCUGGAGCAUGCCGGAUAAAUUCAGCACUGAUUAACCCGUGCAAGAAAGGAAGUCGGGCACAGACACAAAAUAAAACAUCUGGCGGGGACGAACAAGUGAAAGGUUUAUAGACAGCAUUUCAUCCCGAUGACACCAUGGAUGCGAGGAUGCUGAUUUUAUAAGUCUAGAAGUAGAUUUCCUCCUCUGGAAGGACACAGUCUACUGUUUAUAUGGUUAGCCUAUAUGGCUAAAGACAACUUGUUAUCAUGAAUCUGCGGGGUCCUGUAAGUUCUUGUGAUUCCUGCUGUCUGUAAUCCGCAACAAAAUUCGCAUCACAAACGGAUCCGGUAGGAAUUGGCAUACAGCGAAAAUCGCCACCGUUCCGGAUCAGAGCCGUUCUGGAUGUGGUGGAAAUCCCAGGUUAGUCUGUAUGGCCGAGACAAUGCCAGAGACAAGGAGAUCACAUAUCGAAUCAAUAUGUGAAAAAUAGUUUUGGCACAUUUGACUUCUGCUUGUUGACACUGGCAAAAACAUUAGUUUACCUUUCAGCAGCUAUUUUCGAUGAAGUCUUGCUGUCUUUUGAUGCAAAUGCCUCUCUGUUUUUGUCAAAUAAUAAACUCAGGGGUGAGGUAUGCACCAACGAACAGGGGCAUGUUAAGACCUUUUAGACGGGGUAAAAGUGACAUGACGUUUUUUUGGCCUGAACUCUUAAUUUUAGCCGCAGCUUUCUUUGGUUUCUUUACACUGAACUACUUCCUAAGUCUAGAUAAAGACAAUGAAUAGUACAAAGAGAUGUUUGGGUUAUGUUACAUAGCUAACAUUACUCACAUGAGUCUGUGGUUAUUUUGCUCAAACCAGCAUCUCAGCACGCUGUCUGCCUUUGCCUUGUAUGACCUGCUUUCCUCAAGACUUAAUGGUGCCACAUCCUUCCAUCUGAAAUUCAUUAGAUUUUAAGUCUAUUCAAGCUGACAUAAAACACAGAAUUUUUGCACGCUGUGGCUUUGAGUGUAAUUAUGAAAGUAUUGCACCAGCUGCCAUGUAACUCAAAAACUAGAUUAUCUCAGAGAAGAAAUAAACCCUUCAGAGCACUGAAGCUUUUAGCUUUUGUCAUGGACACUAGAUGUUACACCUGUGAUCAUUUAAAAUCACUUAACACAGCUACUUGAUGAGAGUCAAUGAUUUGCUUUAGUCUUUUUCCCUCAGUGCAAACAUGAAAUGCAGCAGCUCUAUCUCUCUGCAGUACUUGCAUUUUAAAGCCUUUGACUGACGUGCUGUUGUUUUGUGUAGAUCCAUAUUUAUGACUGCUGCUGUGUUUGCUGUGUAAUUGACUCCUGAACACACAAAUAAUGGCAGCUCUUACGGCUUCCCCCACACUUGCUGUAUCCCCUCCUGAGUGUCCGUUCUCUCCCCUGCCUCCGGUUACAGCAGCUUCAGACCUGGGAAGAGUAACUAGACUAGAACAUAGAGCAAACAGCUGUAGACCAGGUGUAACAUGAUCCUUUACCUAACGAAGGAGAUGGUUUAGUGAUGUGAUUUUCAAGAGAUUUUUAUGGCUCCUCCUUUGGUCACAUGACUUCAAUAAAAAAGUCAGCUUUUAGAGGUUGAGUUUAAUUUUUUUUACUAGUGUGUUGAAUAAUUAUAUACUAUAUUUCCUCUAUUGGCCAUAAAAUAUAUUGUCCAUCCCUAUGAAUGUCCUUCCACAUGCAUCUGUCAAAUGCUAAAUCUUGAGGCAGGAAGAGCACACCUCCCAUGUGUUUUGUAUGCAAAUAUGACAUGCAAAAGAGGGGAGGGCAGCAGCAAAAAGCUACCUGCUCUCUCACAUGCAUAGAAAGAAUACCAAAGCCUGAAAUCUGGACAACACAUCUUCCAUGUGUUUCAUAUGCAUACAUUAAACACCAAGGCAGGUAGAGCAGCAGCAAAGACUCCCCCGGGUGGAGCCACCUGCCUUCUCAUGUUCAUAGAAAGAACACCAAAGCCUGAGAGCACAUCCUCAUUGUGUUUCAUAUGCAUACAUUAAGCACCAAGGCAGGUAGAGCAGCAGCAAAGACUCAUUUGAUGGAGUGUCCUUCCAAGUGCACACGUUGAAUUUCACAGCCUGAGGCAGAGAUGGUUCACCUCCCAUGUGUUUUGUACGCAAACAGGUCAUGUAAAAGAAGGGAGAGAAGCAGCAAAGACCCCAAGGGUGGAUCUACCUGCCCUCUCAUGUUCAUAGAAAGAAUACCAAAGCCUAAAAUUGGGAGAACACGUCUUCCAUGUGUUUCAUAUGCAUACAUAAAACACCAAGGCAGGUGGAGCAGCAGCAAAGACUCCCUCGGGUGAAGCUACCUGCCCUCUCAUGUGCAUAGAAAGAAUACCAAAGCCUAAAAUUGGGAGAACACAUCUUCCAUGUGUUUCAUAUGCAAACAUUAAACACCCAGGCAGGUAGAGCAACAGCAAAGACUCAUUUGGUGAAGUGCCCUUCCAAGUGCACACUUUGAAUUUCACAGCAUGAGGCAGGGAGAGCACACCUCCCAUGUGUUUUGUAUGCAAAUAUGACAUGCAAAAGAGGGGAGGGCAGCAGCAAAGACCUCCCUAGAUGAAGCUACUUUCUCUCUCACAUGCAUAGACAGAAAACCAAAGCCUUGAAUUGGGAGAGCACGUUUCAUAUGCAUACAUAAAACACCAAGGCAGGUGGAGCAGCAGCAAAGACUCCCUCGGGUGAAGCUACCUGCCCUCUCAUGUGCAUAGAAAGAAUACCAAAGCCUAAAAUUGGGAGAACACAUCUUCCAUGUGUUUCAUAUGCAAACAUUAAACACCCAGGCAGGUAGAGCAACAGCAAAGACUCAUUUGGUGAAGUGCCCUUCCAAGUGCACACUUUGAAUUUCACAGCAUGAGGCAGGGAGAGCACACCUCCCAUGUGUUUUGUAUGCAUAGAUGGCAAGCAAAGGUAGGAAGAGCAGCAGCAAAGACCUUUGGGUAGAGCUUACCACUAUUCCAAUGCAUACCAAGAAUACCCAAGCCUGGGAGGGCACACCUUCCAUGUGAUCCAUGAAUAGCUGAGGUAAAGCAGCAGCAAAGACCCUCUCUGGUUAAUUCAGGCUACUUGAAUGUGCAAGGCUGUACAGAUCUGGGUUAAAUUGCAGCUUUUUGAUUCCUGCAGUAAUGUUGUUGUGUCAGUUUACCACAGCAGAUGUCUGUAGAUGUAUAGUUUGAGUCUAAUCAGAUGUCUAGAUGUCUCGUAGACAUGUAAUUUGGGUUUUUGCCGACAGUUUCUUUUCCAUUGUUGCUUGUUUUCAAACCCAGCAGUCCUCUCUGUCUGUGUGAGCUUUUUCAUCCAGCUCACUCUGUUGACAGAAAAAAAAUGGUGUCUGUCUGCUCCAUCUGUGCAGACAGACACACAGAGAUACAGUCAGAUCAUUUUUUUCUCCUAACUUUGGCUUCUGUUGAAUCACAGCUCAAUACUUACUCACUCAGCAUUGGCCCCUCUGCUGCUGCAGCUGAAAUACAGCCAUAAAUAUGACUUAACGCUCAAGCUGUAUUGACAUGUGUGGACAUAACACUGCCAUCGUAAAUGCAAAAAUCAUUUCUAAUUAUAUUUUGGAGCAGAAAGCUGAUUUACUCUGAGUCACUUCAGUGGAGUAACGGCAUCUCAUCAAAUUUUGUGGAAAGUUUUUUUUUUCCUUUGGGGCUGCUGGAGAAAUUCUCCUUUUUUUAACUGGAAAUAUUUGUUUCCAGAUCAACAUUCAACCAAUAAAUCAAUAUAUCAAAUAUGAUGUUUUCUGAAAAUUAAACAACAUGCAAUUGGAAAAAAAAAAACUUGCAAUAGUGGCUUUUUUUACUCCCUGCUUUCUGAUGAGUGAACAGGACUUCAAAUGUGGUAUAUUUAAAAACAGUUCAGGAUUUGGGAGCAGAUUUGUCCCAGCAGAGCACCCUUACUUACAUCUGAAGCCUGCUUUGGCCACACGCAGCUCUGCACACGGGUUUUGUCGAUUGCCUUUGUCUGCAUGUAGCACCAGUGAUCCGGGCGUGAUGCUUAAUUCUCUGCAGCUAUCAAUUAGAGCUUUUAUGGGGAGGUGCUGUCAGGGUUACCAUGGCAACCGAUGUCUUUGGCAGUGCGUUGCAUCCCCCGCAGGGCUGGGGAUGGAGAGCUCGCAAGUAUUCCUGCACAGAACAUUUAAAAGAUUCAAAAAUCUGAAUCGCCCAAGGAGAGAAACAAUAAGCGUGAGAUACUUAGCAGAGUUGGCAGACUGUCGGUGGACGCUGAUUCUCCUCGGCUUCUUGGCUUUGAAGGAGUUGCUGAGGCUAUUAUGAAUGUUAACAGGAAGCUUUGACAAUUUGAGGAAGUUGUGCAAAAGUGUCUAGCAGGCAAAAGUAAGCAGUAAUUUACUGGAAGUGGGCCCAGCGUUGUACAGCAUAUACUUAGGAAUUACCUGCUCUCGCGCUUUUACAAGCUGCUUUAGGAUUCUGUCAAAUGAAAACGUCGGAGUUAACGACUUACUAUUCUCCCAUAACACACUUUAUGAGUCUUCAUGCACUGAUUUGUUCAAAUAUUUGGGUUUAGUGCUAAGUUUUAUUUCAGUGUUGUGUAAAAAUGUCAAGUGAUGUGGACUCUCAGGGAUUAGAGGCAGAGCGGGAAGUAAAAAUUUGGUCAGAUUUGGUUGCGAACUUCAGGAGCUUUGGGGACUUGAAGGAAUUCACACUGUACAUCGAAAGAAAUCUAGUGUUGGUUUUGGUCUUUAUCCCUUCAGUAGGCCUACAGAGACAUUAUUUAGAUGAACUGUAGAUGAUGAAAUCUAGCAGGACUCUUCUACUACAGAGCCGUGCUGUAGUAAGACGUGCAUGAUGUGGUUUGUCAUUAUCUUGCUCAAAUAUGAAGAUUUUCCCUGAAAAAAUCGUUGUCUGGAUGGCAACAUAUGUAGCUCCAAAACCCAAAUAUAUUGUUCAGCAUUAGUAGAGCCUUCACAGUUUGUGAUCCCCUGUCACCACCUCACUUCACCUAGAUAGUUUCCUCUUUGCAUGAUUCAGUUUUUGAGAGUGAUUUUGAGCCUGUGCAGUCACUUCCACUACAGAGCCAAGUCUGUUUUCAAAGCAGUGUUGUCUGAGGGCCUAAAAAAAAUAGUAGUUAUGUUUGUCUUGUGUUUCCCAUAUCCUCUACGGAGCAAGUCAUGGGACUUAGAGUUAAUGUUAGGGUCUGUACAAUUAUAUUUUGCUGGGGAGAUCCUCUGUUUUACUCAGAAUGAGAGCUGGGCGAUAUGGCCUCAAAUCAAUACCACGAUAUAUUGAGCAGUUUACCUCGAUAACGAUAAAUAGACGAUAACUUAACUUUGUCUUUCCCUCUUUUUUACAAACUGGAUGGUGUAGAGUCACGUCUGACGUAGGACAGCGUCUUCAAGAGACAUGAGACCAUAGCCUACCUACACUCAACCAAAACCAACUUUUAUUUAUUUAUUGUUUUGACACCGAAUAUACUGAUGUGGGCAAAAUAUCAUUGGUUAUUGUCAUUAAUUUCGGUAUCUGUAAAUUUUUGGUUUAUCGUGCAGCCCUACUCAGAAUUCUUGUUAUAUUUACACUUUUGAUUUGACAAGGCAUACAUGUGAUUUCCAGUGUAGUUUAUUGUCAAUUAUUACUCUUCAGAUUUGAUUUUCAAGGUGAAGAGAUUGUUUAUUAAUGCAAAAUCAUUUUAUUUCUUACUAUGCUAUGUGGUUAGUGAUAUGAGGAAUGAAUUGGAAUCAAACUUUAAAGAUGCUCUUACUGGCUCUGACAGGAUUUUGCUGUUUCUGACGUUGUGAUAGAGUUUUGACCAAUCAGAAUCCAACUGAGUAAAAAUCACCUUUUUAAUGUGGGCUUUGUCUAAAAAGAAGCCAUUACAUUAGUAAACGUGAUGGCCUCUGCGAAAUAUUUUGUAUUCCUGCACCACUAUUUUGGUCUGGAUGAUAAAAUAUCUCUUCUUCUUCUGCCGGUUGGUGAAGCAAAGAGAGGAGUGAGAGUGGUCGACCUGAACCACGCUGUCAGAGGAAGGAAGUGCUCGGAGCCUGUGGUUGUCUGUCGAAGGAGAGUGACGCUGAUGAGCAGAAAUAUGAACCCCCUUUAGGGUGAGAAAAACACCACCAGCCUCCUUCUGUCCCUCCAUCCUGACUCUGAGUUAUUGCUCUGUUUUAUCUGAUGAAGCACUUAGCCCCCCUCCCCCAACCCAACCCCUCCUUGUUUUCAAGUAUUCUUUUCACUUACGGCCGAUCGAUGGCUGUUGCCAAGUGUUAAUGAUGAGUCAUACUAUUAAAUAUGAUGACCUGAGGCCGUUUUCUAUUACCUUGCUUUCAUGCACAGGCAGACCCCCGUAAUUAAGGUUCAAGUAGAUGCAGUGGGAGACGCGGGUUGGAGCCAAAACUCAAUUAAAAAUAGCCUUCUCACUCACGCAGACUAAAAAGAAAUGUUGAGCACAGUUUAAAAGUUUGAAUGUUUUAUUGGUUUCUGUCGCCGGAGGAGAUGAAUGCUUUCUACAAACUGAUGCGGAGAUAAAAUACCGCCGAACGAGUGGCAGGAUAAUCAUUCACCGAAAUUAACAGCCUCUUUAAUUCAUACUGUUUUCAUGUUUCUGCAGAGUCCUUUGGGAAUGCGUGCCGCUGGAAGAUGUAAUGCGGAGGUCUCUGGUCGGAGCGGGGGGCUUUUAUUCUCAUUAAUAAUGUAAAGGGGCGAAGCGGGAUGUGACACUGUUACAUAAUAAAAAGGCGGCUCACGGCGCUCUAAGUGGGCCGUCAGAUAGAGGGAAAAAUGUGCGAUAAGAUAAGCGUUCGUUCUCGAUUGAUGUCAGAGGUCAGUGAACGGCUGCCACAGGGGAUGAUAAAACCACAGGAUGGAGUCGGACUAACUUUCGCUUAAAGCCAGGAUGAGUGCGAAUCGACAAAUCGAACACUUGCAUUAGAAUUGCUGGCUGAUUUCAGUGGGUAUUCACUUUUUUUCACCUGUUACAUCAAUUGUAGGAAAAAAAUCCACCUAAUUCCUCUCCUUGUCAGAGUGAUUGUAGUAGGUUUUACAAAAAGUUGUGAAACUGCGCCCAUUCAGGGUAUCAUAAAAAUGGACUUGCAUGUAAAUUGGACUCUUGCGUGUUCUGGUUCUGACGGUAAAUUUGGAGUAAUGACAGCUGAAGUGCCUGCGAAGGUUGACAAGCUGAGAAAAUGCAAAUAGGGACGUAAGUGUUCAAAAUAAUAGGAGCUCGCAGUGCAAAAAAGGUGAAUAAAAUAGCAGGUUUCCAUCAUUCAUUCCAACUCUGAUGAUAGUCAAGGACUGAAACUUUUCCUGCUGUUUUUAUUCACUUUUUUUUUUCAAUUCAGUCAGCUUGCACCUUGAUUGGCCAUUGUUUCAGUUCAAGUGACAAUCCGGGCGUUUCGACUGUCUGCGGGGUUCCCCUACUCAACAGGAAACCAGGAUAAGUAUUCACAGUUUCAUAUUAAUGUAGCUCCAAUCAUCACAGGAAACUGCAAGAAAAUCUGGCAGGAUAAUCUCCAAGAGCAUCCAAACAUUUGGCCUCAACUGAGGAAUAACAGGCGCUUAAAAAGGAGGUAGCCGGAUAAGAGCUAAGAAGCCGGGUCAUUCGAGUGACCUUGAGUCCUGGACUAUGUCACUUUAUCCUAGUUGUAGAAGUCCUGCAAACAUUGUGUUUGCUGGUAGUCUGUUAUCUACAGUAGCACCAAUGCUGUUUACUUUCAAGUUGACUUGGCCCCAUUUGUAAUUAUCUGAAGUAUUUAUCUGCAUUAUAUCUGAAUUUAAUUGGAAACGAUACGAGCGAGCAGAAGCGUCUGUUCAUGGGCGGGGCUUGCUGGAGCAGAGAGGGAGGGGAGAGGAGGAGCUGAGGGGAAACUGGUUGGGAGGGGUAGAGUUUACAUUCAAGAUUUCUCCCAAAAACUGGCACUAACUCAGAUCCUGCCUACCCCACCUUUAAAUCCUCCUUGUGUUUGUUUUUAAAUAAAUAUUUAGCACCUUUGUUUCUAUCCGACUGUCAAACAGCCCCUCGUCUCAGAGCACAAAAAUUUCUCCUGACAGUAAAAUCUCCAAGAAAGGAAAUUACUUUUAUGAGUUUAAGGUAAAAAAAUACCACAUUUUAUGGGAUAAAAGCUUUUUUCCAGUCUGACUAUAAAAUCUCACAUUAUACGCUGAUGUUCAUGUAGUGCUGUCCUGGUUGUUCAUCAAACAAAUGUUUUCUUUUUAGCGUUCGCUAAAAGGAAACAAAACGAGCUGCCGGACCACAAGGACAGCAUGCCGUAAUAUGGAUCACCACUGUCAGUUUCAGUUAUCUCCAAGGUUUAACUACAAUACUUAAAUGUUUCAUGAAGUUUAAUGUCUCUGAGUCAGUGUCAGAGCCAUUAAAAAUAGUUUCUAGCUGUGAGUUUCUCUGUUUCUGGUGUUUGUGGCCUCAUUUAUCAAAAGUUCUGGAUUAUUUUACGGCUCCUUGCUUGGCAUUUUGCAGAUAUACUUCAUAUCCAUUCUCAGAAAGUGACAGUUAAAGUGUGGGCAGCAGGGAAUGGACCCAAACGCAGACAGAGCAGACAUUUUUAGGAUUUAUUUACACCAAGCUUACAGGCGGGUUCUGGUAGAUUGGUUCAAGUUAGAGGAGCAGAACCAGGACAGCGAAAACAGACACAAUGGACGUCCAAAAAUGGUGAAUUGAUGAUAGGUUGGUAACUUUCCUGCCUGUUUUGUUUUGAGCAGAACCUCUUAGGGUGCUUUUGCCUCAGAGUUUGAGAAGAAGAGAAAUAUUUCUUGACUUUCAUGGAAUCAUUUUCGAGCUUGCAAUAUUUCCCCCCCAAGAAGAAAGUUUGCAGUCCUCACAGGUUUCUUGCAGACUCAGGUCAGUCCUCUGACUCUGCAUUCAGGUCAGCUUUUUAUGCUCAGAGGGAUUUCAUAAAGAACAUGUCAAAGGCCACAGAGGCUGGAAGAGUAAAAAUAUUCCGCCGUAAAAAUAGGAAAAUCCUAUCAAUAUUUAAUGAGUUUGACUGUCACAGAGCGGGGUUUAGAGAGGAUUUCCUUUUUUUUCAAUAAGCUGCGUCAUCUGGAACCAUGAGGCCAACCUGCAGAAAGGACAACAGAAUUAAAAGGCUGAAUACAAAGCAGGGCGGUCCAGUUUUUUCACUCUCAUAAACAUCAUCACUGCUCAUCUUUCCCAUCUUUUCUGCUUUUGUUGAUUCAGUCUGCCUCUGAAAGUCUCUCUAUGAAAAGUUUCAGCUAUUUUCUCUUUUCAAAGUUGAAGGUUCUGGGAAACUGGAGAGUUUGGAUGUUAUCAGGACAACAGUGUUAUAGCUGCUUGUGCUUACCACUAGAUCUGAGUCUCAGGUGUAACUUAAACCUGAAGCUUUUCAUCUACAAAGACUUUCAUGAUGACUCAGGGUAGGGCUGGGCGAUAUGGCCUCAAAUCAAUAGCACAAUAUAUUCUCUAUAUAACCUCGAUAACGAUAAAUGGAUGAUAACUACUCCACAAGCUGCUCACCCCCUCCCACAUUAACAGCUAUCGAAAAGCAUAUUGACCAUGUUUCAUAUCGAUAUCGAGGUAAAUAAAUUUUUGAUAUGUAUCAUUAUUUUAUUGCCCAGCCCUAGACCAUAGCCUACCUACACACAUUCAAUACCAACUUUUAUUUAAAUUUUUUGACACUGAAUAUAUUGACAUGGGCAAAAUGAUGUUGGUAUUGGUAAAUUUUCAGUUUAUCGCCCAGCCCUAGCUCAGAGCCACAAACUGGAAGGGACUUUACAACAGUACAUUAUAGGACUAUAGCUAUUGUAUGGGCUUCUAACAUGGAUGCUAAUGUCUAACCUCAGACAUUUUGUUUUAAUGCAUAAAUUUGGAUCUGUGUCAUGACUACAAAGCUGUGUAAAAAGUAACACUCCCAAUCUGUCUCCCAAAGCAGCCAAAGCAGUCUGAGGUUGAAUAGUGCUGAAAUAGAUGUUUUCACAGUAUGAGAUAAAUAGUUUUACAUGAGUUUAAUAGGUCUUGAAGGUGACGGUCAAUAUCAGUGUAGUAGUUAUGUUUAGCUCAGGCACAGAGGCUUCUUGUCUGGUUCAGUAAAGGAUCGUUUUGCAAACUUUGUCAACAUUAUAUUUUUUCAGUUUCACAACAUGCUCUCUAAUGUCCUGCAAACUUUGUCCGACUGUGGCCUGACCGUCAGAAAGCACCACAGCCGAAGCAGGGACUUGAAUAUUAUCUGCAAGACUUCAUUAGAGUCUGCUCUCAUAUUGUGUUUCCAAAUAGCGAGUCUCUUUGGUUCAAUUUUCGGGCUGGAAACAACUUCUAAAGGUUGCUCUGACAGAUUGAGAGCGAGAGAAGUGGCUUGAUAAAUCUGGCUUUUAAAAAGCCUUGUUAGCUCUACCCACAGUCUUUAUUGAAGUCUGGAGAAAAUUCACAGAGCACUGAUCACUUUGAGCCCGUGUAGUUAAAGUUGUAAAGCAGAGCUUUUUAAAAUCAGCCUUUCUAAUAUUUCCCAAAACAGUUAAUCCUCUUUCCAAAAAGUACAGGCAGCUCUGCCCGAAGUUCACUGAAAUUCAGAAAAUCCAGAGCUGAAAAGUACUAAAACACAUAAAGCCUUGAGCUCAUCGUUUCCACAUAAAAUCAUCAAAACCUGGUGGUGGAAAAAAAAUCGGUAUUAUGCAACCGGCUACAAUUGAGAAUAGAGAGGCAGGUGGGAAAUGUUUCUGUCCCCUCAGGAGACGAUUUCCUCCUCAGAAUCAAACACAAAAACAUCAAGAGUUCGUUCACGUGACUGAAUGAGGUGGAAAAUGUGUUUCAAGUCAGGUUACAGGACAUCCAGGGGGAUGUAACCUAGAUGUUUUAUCUGCACAGAUCAGCUGCCACAUCUCUGCCUCAGUCCUGAAGCUGUGCUGACCAUUAGAGGAAAAAAGGAGGCUGGGAUAUAUGAGCCCGUAGAAAAAGUCCAGUAAGCUGGGAGCCGGUCCGUCUCAGGGUGUAUUUGUUCAUAGGUGUGGAGAACAUUUUCACAAGUGCCUGGAGACCGUGUGCCGGGAUGAUGUACAUACCGUGGAAGCUGUAGUUGUAUGCUGGAUAGUCUAAAAUCUCUGAGGCUGCAAUUAUGCCGGAGGAAACGCAGCAGAGGCCCAGAUCUUAUUCCUUACUGUUCUGCUGAGUCUUCUCUUUCUGUGCUGUUUCCUCUCACCUGCAAAAACUUCAGCAAUGAGCCUCACCUCAACUUUACUUUUACAGUACAAUAACACACCUCAUUAUUCUGCGAGUUAAGUGCUUAUAUUUCAUUGACGAAUACAUUUAGGGCCUUAUUUUAACAAUUGGAAACACACGCUCCAAAGUGCAUGAUGACAAGCGAAUCAGGGCGUGUUAAGAAAAAAUUUGCUAGUUAGGCGGCGCACAAUCUAGAUGAUAAGUGAGGCUUGGACUAAUGGGGAGAAUAGCUGCUUCUCUGGGACCUCUAUUGUGCUGACUUGAGACCUCACUGCGAAAGUUCACGUGCUAUUUUCAAAACAUGAACAUCAGGCAUAAAAUUGGCGACUACGUCAGGUGGAAAAUAAUGAAGACAGAAACUAAAAACUUCAGAAUCACGACUCUAGAUUCGUGUGUUUGUUCACAGUGGGCAGGUCAGAGGGCUAGGUUCAGUUUUCAGGAUAUCAAACUUCUAUUAUUAUUGAUGCUUAAACCAAAUAGAGAGCUGCGAUCACGAGUUAAUCUUAAAAAAAUUUUAACACCAGACCAGAUUGAAGUUUCUUUAUUUCACCAGCUUGUUCAGCAGGUGUUUUGAGUUCUCACAGUGAUCAUUUCAACGUCUCGGUUUAAGAUCCUGGGCUCAGUUAUUUGUGUUGUCUCAGAUUUGGGAUGUACUUUUCUGCAGUUUCCUAAAUGCUGCAAAACUAAAUUACUUCUCCUCACUUUUAUUAGAGAUCAUACAUGCGUCAGUGUUGGCAUUGUUCCUUUGACUAGUAGUAGUUUUGUGUCUGUGGACGAAGGGUGGGACAAACUAAUACAGCAGGUAUCACCAGACAUACACUCACCGGCCACUUUAUUAGGUACACCUGUCCAACUGCUCGUUAACACUUAAUUUCUAAUCAGCCAAUCACAUGGCGGCAACUUAGUGCAUUUAGGCAUGUAGACAUGGUCAAGACAAUCUCUUGCAGUUCAAACCGAGCAUCAGUAUGGGGAAGAAAGGUGAUUUGAGUGACUUUGAACGUGGCAUGGUUGUUGGUGCCAGAAGGGCUGGUCUGAGUAUUUCAGAAACUGCUGAUCUACUGGGAUUUUCACGCACAACCAUCUCUAGGGUUUACAGAGAAUGGUCCGAAAAAGAAAAAAUAUCCAGUGAGCGGCAGUUCUGUGGGCGGAAAUGCCUUGUUGAUGCCAGAGGUCAGAGGAGAAUGGCCAGACUGGUUCGAGCUGAUAGAAAGGCAACAGUGACUCAAAUAACCACCCGUUACAACCAAGGUAGGCAGAAGAGCAUCUCUGAACGCACAGUACGUCGAACUUUGAGGCAGAUGGGCUACAGCAGCAGAAGACCACACCGGGUGCCACUCCUUUCAGCUAAGAACAGGAAACUGAGGCUACAAUUUGCACAAGCUCAUCGAAAUUGGACAAUAGAAGAUUGGAAAAACGUUGCCUGGUCUGAUGAGUCUCGAUUUCUGCUGCGACAUUCGGAUGGUAGGGUCAGAAUUUGGCGUCAACAACAUGAAAGCAUGGAUCCAUCCUGCCUUGUAUCAACAGUUCAGGCUGGUGGUGGUGGUGUCAUGGUGUGGGGAAUAUUUUCUUGGCACUCUUUGGGCCCCUUGGUACCAAUUGAGCAUCGUUGCAACGCCACAGCCUACCUGAGUAUUGUUGCUGACCAUGUCCAUCCCUUUAUGACCACAAUGUACCCAACUUCUGAUGGCUACUUUCAGCAGGAUAAUGCGCCAUGUCAUAAAGCUGGAAUCAUCUCAGACUGGUUUCUUGAACAUGACAAUGAGUUCACUGUACUCAAAUGGCCUCCACAGUCACCAGAUCUCAAUCCAAUAGAGCAUCUUUGGGAUGUGGUGGAACGGGAGAUUCGCAUCAUGGAUGUGCAGCCGACAAAUCUGCGGCAACUGUGUGAUGCCAUCAUGUCAAUAUGGACCAAGCUCUCUGAGGAAUGCUUCCAGCACCUUGUUGAAUCUAUGCCACGAAGAAUUGAGGCAGUUCUGAAGGCAAAAGGGGGUCCAACCCGUUACUAGCAUGGUGUACCUAAUAAAGUGGCCGGUGAGUGUAUAUAGAUAAUAGAAACAGACCAGAUGGGGAAAACAGGUGGGUAAUUUGAGUGUAUAUGGGUGAACUCACAGGAAAGUGAGGUAAUUAAAAAUGUAGCUGUUUCAGAGUGAACACGAAUAUAAGAUAGAGAAUAGGGCUGCAACGAUUAGUCAACGUUGUCGACAAAAAUCGAUAAUGAAAGAAGUUGACAAUGAAUUCCAUUGUCGACUAUUAUCACCAGACGUGUUUUCUUCCAGUGGAGUGAGGCAUCUUACUUCAUUAUGGUCUCUACCUAGAUUCACAUAUGCAGAAUAGCAUCUUUGCUGAGCGGUAGGGCAUUCAAACAUGGUGGCGCUGGCGUCCCAUGCAGCAGCUAUGAUUAAAAACCUUCAAAGUUUGGGAGCACUUUAGCCCAGAUAAGGCGAAAAUGCUAAAUUUAAGAAAAAAAUUCAUAAUUAUCCGAUCAGUCGACUAAUUGUUUCAAUAGUCGGUGACUCGUUGACUAUUAAAAUAGUCGUUAGUCGCAGCCCUACUAGAGAAUCACAACCCCAAAUCAGUAAAGCUGGGACACUGUGUAUAAUGGGACUCUACAUCUCUUUCCAGAGGAGGCUCUUUGAAAUAACACUUUGUUUGAGGAGACUGACCUCAAGGAUAACAAAUGCAUCCUCGGGUCAUCUGUGUCCUCUGCCUCCAUCGAGCUGAGGACGCAGGAGCAUUUCCCAUGAUUAAGAGCUGCCUCUGCCUCUCCAGCACAAUGGAGAUGAGGCGGGGAUGGUGGGGUUCAAGAGGGAGGAGGCAGAGGAGGGAAUGGACCGUCCUUUCAGGGAGAAUAUGUUGACCUUCAGUGGUCGUCUUCAGUAGAGACCGCUCACCCAAACAUCCUUCUCUUUGACAUGUCCACUUCAAACUAAACUGUAAGAGAUGUCAAAGCAAAAACAAUCCUGUUCUUCCCAGUUAAGACACAAAGCUUCAUAUUUGAUGCACUACGAUGGACGUCCUCUGCAUUUGCCCCAAUUUCCUAAAUUAAAUCAUGGUUUCAGGCAUCGUCAGUCAUAGAACAACUUUCCACCCACAGUAAGUGACUGUCUCCGAAAGAGAAGUGAGUGGGAGGAUUUUCUAAAGGAAGUUCAGCCACUGGCGUUAUCUGGUAAAAAGUGUGACUGACGGUACUUCAUGAUCUUUUUAUUGAGUGGUAAAAACUUGAAUAGGGAUUUUGGUUAAAUGUGCAUAAAGCAACUCACAUUCACUUCUUGUUUGUGGUCUAAGAUUGACUGUAAAUAUUCUGGUUUACUCUAGCUGUGUAUGAUUUUAUUGUAAGUAAUGCAACAGUCCUUUGAACAAUUAACAUAAAAGUAGGGCUGGGCGAUAAACUAAAAAUUUACAGAUACCGAAAUUUACGACAAAAACCUACGUCAUUUUGCCCAUGUCAAUAUAUUCUGUGUCAAAAUAAAUAAAUAAAUAAAAGUUGGUUUUGGAUGUGUGUAGGUAGGCUAUGGUCUCAUGUCCCUCUUAAGAUGCCGUCCUACAUCAGAGACGUGACUCCACCCCAUCCAGUCCGUAACAAAGAGGGAAAGACAGGUGAGGAGAUGAAGGACGGUUCAAAAGUCAUAGCAGCUGAAGUAGACGAAGUUAAUGUGGGAGGGGAUGAGCAGCUUGUGGAGUAGUUAUCGUCCAUUUAUCGUAAUCGAUAUUGAUUUGAGGCCAUAUCGCCCAGCCCUACAUAAAAGGCAUGUUUUUUGACUGUGGGAGGGGCCCAAGUUUCUUGAGUGAACCCAUGCAUGCACAGGGGGAAAAUGUAGAAAACUCUGCACAGAAAGGCCCCUGCCCUGGCAGGGAAUCAAACUAAUUCACCCCUGGGUAUCUCUGUGAUAGGCAAGUGUUUUAAACUUGGUCCUAAUUUGACACAUCUUGGGAUCUUAAUAACUAAAAAGUAAAGAAAACAAGCCCAGAAAACAUAGAGGGGUCUUUUUUUUUUAGGGUGAAUUUGGCAAAAAUGAGCUUGUUUUUGUCACAUUGCCAGAACUUGAACACGAGACAAAAAGAUCCUACAGAGAAACACUUCUUGGUAAAGUAAAAUACCUCUUUUUAUUGGUAUUAAAGUGCAGUAGAUACAUCACAUCUCUUGACAUAUAUUGCAUCGCUCUCUCUAAAACUAUCAGACCUCGCUGACAAAGCAUCAGUUUCACCUCUCAGACUGCAGCGAUUUUCAGGCAUAGAGAUAAAAUAUAAGAUGUAAACAGGCUGAUUUAGGAGUUAAUUCGUAUCUGAUCUUCAUUAAAAAGAACCAAAACAGUCAUUGACCCUGAGCUCAGUCUCUGCAGCUGCAUUUUUCCUGAGCAGGAUGUCUUUUUUUUUUUUUGCAGCUUCAUGAUAAAUAUGUUGCACAGUGAACACCUCCAGUCCCGGUGGUAUGAUCAUUUUUACUGAUCUGACUGCUGUUUAAUGAGGCUGACACCUUCAUGCUCCACAUAAUGAACCCACUUGUGACUACACCGACUCAGUCACUCUCGGUCUUUACAUGUAGGUGGGAAAUAUGUGCUGCUCUGUUUCAUCAUUUAUAUCGACCGCACCGCACCGGCUAUACAUUUGAGGGUGUACUUUCAAGGUUGCCUCUUAGUAACCUUUCAUAUACAUAGUCUGAGUUCCAUGCUGCAUUCAGAAGGGAAGAGUUUAUGAAAUAUUUGUUGUGAUUGAGUUAUCCGUCUUUAGCCUUCAGUCAGCUUCUGAAAAGAUGAAUACACUCAGUUUGUUUGCAGGCGGCUGACACAUCUCUGUGUUAUAGGAAAUAAACUUUCUGCUUAGCCUCAAACCCAUACAGAGGUAAUGACCUGUGGCAUUUUCGUUGAAAACCUCCUCUCUUUUGCCUCUUAUGAUGUGAGACACUCCUGAUUUAAUCCCAUUUUACACUUACGCUUGCAGUGUUGUUUGCAUUAUGUACAAAGAGACUAAAACUCCAAGAGCAUUAUGUAUAGUUUGUGUGUUUAUGAUGAUUAUGAUAAAGGUAAUCCCAGUGAAAAGUCAGUUCAUAGUUGUGGCCUGUUAGUACUGGAGUUUAUGUGGUUUUAUUCAUGUUUUUGCAAGAGGUAAAUCUUAUUGUUUCUAAAAUAUCUCUUCAAACUCACUCCCAUUUUCUUCCAAAACACAAUAAUUAGGGUUUAGAGACUUCCUGCUUCUUGCUGCCUCACUAAUGAAAAACAAUGUUGAUAUUGUGUGUUUUACAGUGCCCAGCAUAAGUCAGUACACCCCCUAUUAAAAGUAAUAUUUUACUCAAUAUCUAGAUGAGCAAAAGUACAAUUGUCAAAGUUUUGACAAAGCUGAGUUUAGCACAUUUUAUUUACCAUAAGAUGAAAGUAAGGGUGAUAUGGUAGCUAAAAUAUAGCUUUGCUCCCAGAACGUUGAUUGGGGUGUACUCAUUUUUGCAUCCUGAUUUUGAAUUGAAAAGAAAAAAAAAAUGUAUGCAACUUAAAAAUUCUUGUUUGCAAUCAAUGGCCUACAUUUGGGGGAGUAUUUUGUUGUAUAGUCUGACAUAGAAAAUGUUGGAAACUAAAGGUUUUCUGACAACUCUGAUGAGGUGUACUCAUUUAUGCUGAGCACUGUAAAUUGCAGAUUUUAAGUUGCAGAUCCCACAAAGGUAAUUGAACAUAUCUUCUUGUGCUGCAGUAGCACAAAUUAGAUGGAGAGAGGAGAGCAGGGAGAGGAGCAAGUGUGUUUGUGUGUCUAUGAGGGACACAGAUGUGUACAUCAGUGAGGUUGGCGAACAGUUUGAUCAACCCAUUGAAGCCACAUUGAGUACAUACAGAAGAAAGCUUAGCCAGUGACUGCAGAGGUUCAGGGAGAGCUCUGCAGAGUUGAUGCAGCCUGAUUCCUCAAACUUCCUCACUUUAGGUUUUUUAAGGCUAUAUCCAUCCGAACCAUGGAAGACCAGGGAAUAGAAUUCAACUUUAUGUCAUUGCAAAUGUCACAAGUACAGAGCAACGAAAUGCAGUCUGCAUCCAUCCAGAAGUGCUUAGCAAGUAUAGAUAUAUAUUUACAAAUGUACAGAGUAUUUAGGAGAUUUAUACAUGAGUAUAUCACGGGUGUAUAACAUUGUUAUGAAUAUGUUGUAACUAUAAGUUUGUACAGGCUAUAGUAUACAAAUGGUUAUAAUUAUGAAGGCUACAAACAGACUAUAAAUACAAUUAUUUGACAGAUAAAUUAUGCAGUAGUGAAAAUGAGGUUUGAAAGGUUUUAAGUUGGUUUACAGAAUGUUUCCCCAGUGGAGUUUUACCUUAUACUACUGUAAUUUGUAGGGAAACAGGAUAAAUUCAAUCAAAAGACAGUUGUUAGCGUGUCAAAUAUUUAAACCCAGACUGUAACCUGUGCUGAACAAAGAGUUUUGGUGAUGAAACUAUCAAAGUACGGCUGCAGAGCAGAAGUAGGAAAAUCCUGUUGGUCCACAGUCGCUGUCCGUGGUGCUGAAUCAGCCUCUCUCCCAGGAUUACUCCGCACACUGACACACAAUGAGAAGAUAAGAGCUGAGGGCAGCUUGCUCAUCGGCUUUUUGUCACAAUAAUGGGUUUUACCGUUUAAGAAAAUUACUCUAAUGAUUCUCUGCUUAUCUCCAGUGACAGGAAGGUAUUUGUACAUUGACAGAAAAAUAAUCCCAACUCUGCCGCUCAGCGGCACGGCCAGUCAUCUGGGCCCAUAGCUGCUGUUUACAGUUGCAUCAGUGUAGAAGUAGGUAACAAUGUGAUAUUAAUGAUGUAAUGUCACUGUUAAAUAGUAUAUUUUGCAAGUUGAUCGAAAUCAGUUUCAAUUUUUUUGUAGUAAUCAAAGCUCUUUAUAAAAUCAGUCCAAAUUUGGAUGCACUUUUUACAAUAUGACCACAAGCUUAUACGCUUCAGAAAAGAGAAACUUUAUCAAGACAAGAAGGAGGUGAAUUGACAUACAAGGUAGGAGUUUGAGCUCUCCCAGUCAUCACUGAGUAUUUUUAUCUAUUGUUUGAUAUUAGAUCAGCAUCUUAUGUUUCCAACAAAGAAUCUGGUUUAGGAGGAUAUGCAGUCAUUUGCAUUUCCAUUGUCAGAAGCUGAGAAAGUCUCAAAAUAACCCGUACCAUACUGCUUCUUUGUCUCCCAUCUGUUAAUGUACUAGUUUGACUCUGAGAGAGAGGGGAUGGAGAGAUGUUACCGGCUUAUAUCUCCUAACCUGACUUUAUUUGAUCAGUGUAUUAUGCCCCAAUUCUUGUAUGUUUUUAUUCAUAGCAGAAAAUGCUCUCUAGUGUUAAUGUUAGUGUAAUAUUUGUCUUUUUUCCACUUCAAAUACACUGGAAUUGGGAUGAAGAAUUGGUAAGAACCAAAAUCAAUAAGUGAAACUGGAUUCAGAGCUGGAUUUGAUCAAAUUGAAACCAAACCCGGCCUGAUUGAUGACAGCUUUUCUCCAAGAUAAGUCGACCUUAUGCUAGAAUAAAGAGCUUUGCAAGUUACUGCUUUAAGCCUUUCUGGACAGAAUUUCAAAAUAAAAGUAUUAGAGCAACCAUAGUAUGUUUUUCUUUUUUUCCAGUUUUUAGUAUUUUUGGCCGAGAUCUGCAUGGCUUUUGGAAGAAUUUGGUGCUUCUCACACCUGCUGUCCAAAUGGUCUACUCUGUCAACAUGCAGACGUUAAAUCAAGCUGUUCUGAGGCCUUUAAGAUCAGAGUUUACCUCACUAAAUCACACCUCUCUGUACUAAACUGAACCAGACUGCUUGGCAGAAACACACCAUUACCUACCAUAAGAAUCCCUACUGCUCAGUAUAUGUUGUGAUUUCAAUAGUGAUUACAGUAUUUGAGAUAUUCAAUCCAUGCAUGGUGAAAACCUUUGUGCUUUGUGUCACAUUUCCGUAUUAUGUCCCUGCCUAUUUCGGCUUGCAUGGUGCAUAUUCCUAAAUUUAUUCUGGUUAUAUCAAAACCCCUGCAGAGUCACACUAUUGAAGGAGACAUGGAGGCCUGACAGAGCAGCUCAUUAGAGGCCCCAUGAGGAGAGUAAUAUGGACAUAUGAAUGACCUCAAAUCAUGCAGGCAUUAAGUCUUUGGACUUGAAUUAAAUUUUAAAAAAGUGUCUAAAAGUGUCUAUGACGUGUUAAGGUGACAAAGCCGUUCUUUUAAUAGAUUUUUGGAUGUAUAGUUUGUGGGUAAACGUGCAAGGGCACCAGUAUGAUGCUCUCAGUUUGGAAUCAGCACUCUCAGUGUUUUUGCAGGACACUAAGUUUCAUCUGGACUCACAGGAGGACGCUACGGGGGGACAGGAUGCUCUUUCUUUACAGCGGUGUCCUGCUGUGAUAUCAGCUAACAGGACAGCUGUUUUUUUAUGUACUGGAUUCUUGCUGAGCGCAUUUUUUAUUCCAUGAUGCUGUUUUUUUUCUUUCUUUGCAAGUUAAGUGAAAACUUAGUGGGAGUUAAGGGGCUGUUUUAGACUCCCCUGUCUGGUUUCAUUUCCAGAUUGCCUGCAUAAAUGACAUACCAUGCUACAGUGCAAACUUAAGCAUUGCAUAAUUCAAAGAGAAUAUCCUCGGUGUUUUGAGACAGUCUGGCUGUAUCCUGCAGCUCAGAGUCUCCGGGGAGUGCCAAUUAGCUUGUUUUUCUUGUCUUUGAUGAUCUGAGCUGAGAUGGUGCAACAUGAUGCCACACUCAGGUGAUGAUGAGAUUACCUCCUUUGUCUGCAUGCGAAGCAGAUCUGUGCAUGUCCAGGGCUCUGCUGAUGAGCAAGAUUUAAGAAACAUAAGCCUCUGAGUGUGUCUUCAUGAACCCGCCGUGCUCUGAAGUGGAUUAAACAGUGCAAGUGUAUUAGAGGUCUCGAAAGACAGACUGGCUCUGCAGAGGUGGCAGAAAGCCACCGCAGGCUCUUGAGGAGGGGUUUCAGAUGAUCUGGCCCUGGCACUGUGCCCCCUCUAGAGGACUUCCAGGCAGAGGCGAGCGUCGCCAUGUCCUCCUGAAGUGAGUGACAUCCAUAAAGAUGACAGCACCCAGCAGGAGACGCCGAGGGACGCGGGAGGAGAGGCCUGGACUCGAAUAAGCGGGCCGUUCUUGUUGACAGCAGCGCCCUCAGAUAAGGAGUGCAGGGGGAGCUGUGGUCCUGUUGGCAGGCACCGAGCCCAUUUGGCACAGCUGCACUCGCUGGUGAGGUGGUGAUAACUUUAGAUUGCUGAAAUCAUCAGGCGUGAAGCUCUGUAAAUGGACAUCAACAGGAAAGAUAAAUGGUGAUGAGUAAGCUGGCCAAAGCCGAGGCCCUGCCCGCCUGAGGGACGCACACAUAUACCUCCCCUCUUCAGCAGAAACACAGUCUCCUUUAGAGAAGAACUCGGGUUCCUUCACUUCUACAUAUUUUUAAGUUUCAGUGACUUCAGUUCUCAAAAUAUUUAAGGAUCCUCAGGUAGAAUUUUUGAGUCCUUAGCCAUGAAAUAGGAUUCUAAGUAAUAUUGUAAAAUAAAUAUUCAUGAUUAAAGUAAAUCAUCUUAAAUUUUGUGACAGACAAACCCAUUUUUUAAAAUUUUCUUCUCCAAAAGGUUAAAUCUUUAUGUUUUACCAACAUACAGCAGGAGCAUCGCUGCAUUAGUUUUCUCUGAAUGGUUGUUGUGCUCACUUUUAUGCAGAUGACACUUAUCUUUUUUUAUUAUAGUGCUGAUUCUGAACAGGGAGACAUCAGGAAUUUCCUCUAAUAGUUUUUAAUCAAGCUGAUUUAUGACAUUUUUAAAUAAUACACAUCACAUCGGCGUACUAACAAUUGUCCGUCUAAAUAACAUAUUUGCAAGCGACAGUAUAUCUGGCUUAUGUUUGAAAUAAAUUCUGUUAUGAUGUACAGAAUGUAGUUGACAUACAUAUCGGUUAUAGUGAAUUAAUUUAGACAUACUGGCCAAAAUAUCCAUGUAUACUAGUUUAGAAUGUGUAUGUAAUAGUUAAAUUAUUAAUAUUUUAAUUUUAUUUUAAUGAGCCAAAUAUUCUUUAGGCUAUAUUCAAUGAAUAAUACAUUUAUUCAAUCUUAGAAAUUCUGUUUUUAUUUAUUUAUUUAUUUAUUUUUUCAUUUAUCCACACCCCUUGCCCCCACCCUUGUCCUAGGGGUGACAUUAAAUUUAGGUGAUUACAGGGGAAUAAAAUAAAAUAAAAAUAAAAAAUAAUAAUAAUAAUAACAAUAAUAAUAAAUAAAUAAAUAAAUACAUGAUGAUAAUAAUAAUAAUAAUAAUAAUAAUAAUAAUAAUAAUAAACAGCAGCGUCAUCAGUACUUAGUAAACAUAAUCAUCAGGUAAAUGGAUAAGAUCCAAAAUAAACUCUGUUUUUCAUUUAUUAGUAUUUCUAAAUCGCUGUAUUUUGUCAUAUUGCGGAAAAAAAAGAAGACGGUGCUCACUAUCAGUGUUUUUGAAGAAGUCAUGGUAUGUUAUUAAUGAACUUCCCGCAAACAUCAUGUUUAGCUGCUGUGUUUUUCCAAAGAGCACUUUGACAGUAAAAACUGAUAAAAGAAAGUCUUCCAAAGAAGAUGUGAGCGGGAGUAAUCGGCAGCUAAUGGGCUAAAAAGAAAAAGCACAAUCACAGAUGUUUCCUAUCAAGAACAAAAACACAAGCCGUCUUCUCAAAGGCAACAUGAAGAGGAACGAUUGACUCGCCAUCUUUAAAUCCUUCGCCUCAUCACCUCUGUUGUUGCUUUAACAACAUCAGCAGCAGCAGAUUCAAUGAGCUUUGUCACUGCAGACACAGACAGCAGAUGUGCCGAUCGUCCCCGUCAUUAGAAACAGGAACUGUUGUCAUUUCAGCCUGUGAUAUCACCGCUGAUCAUUUAACAGUGUCAUAUAUCAGUCUGUCAUCUCUGUCUGAACGCUAAAAUAUAUCCAGGGCAUCAGAAACAGUGCCACCAUAAUGUGUGUUGAAAUCCUCAGACUAAGUUUUAUGCAGUUUAUCAGAAAUGUAGGAUCACGAACUUUUUCUAUGUAAAGAGGCGUUUUUGCUACCAUCUACCAUCCACAAACAGACUUUAGGUUCUCAUCUGUGAGGCAGGAGCUAUUUUAAGAUUUAAUUCAGUCCAUAAUUGAGAAAAUCUGCUCAUGUUGAAUCAAGUAUACUGAUAUAAAGACAGUCAGUACUCCAAAUGCAGAUUUCAUCAUGCUCUUAUUGUCAGGAGAAAGGUUCAGUGUUUCAAACAGGAGUUUGUCAGGCUGUGGGAGGCUUUAAAGAUGUGUUUGAGGUUUUGUGCAAGAGUUGUGCUCUUACGCUCGACAUCCUUGAGUCAUUUGGCAUUCAGGAUAUGAUGCACGUUUGAGCUGAUGCAAAUCUAAGCAUGAUGGUGAUAAUUCAGCAGAGAGUGUGCACAGUUUUUACAGGUAGGGGACAGAAAUCUUAUUUUAGGAGUCUUUCACUGACUUUUUUUUUGUGAAAGACACUGAAGAGGGUCUUAAAGGGAUAUUCUGGCGUAAAAUUAUUUUAGUGUCAAACACACCAUAACACUGAGUUAGACAACCCCUCGAGAGAUGAAUGUUGCCGACAGCUUGCUUCUCUAGUUAUACCAAUUUCAGUAACGGCCGUACAAUAGCAAUACACAGCAGUCUGAGGAGCCACAUACAAAUCUUAACCAAAACACCACUCUAUAGCCACAAAUAAUGCUCAGAACAGCACCUAACUUCAUCAACAGUACAUAUAGGGUCCCAGCCACAGUACUAGCCACCAAACAUCUUUUUAACUUUGCCUAAUUUCUUUAGCAAAGAGACUAAACGCAACUCACCUACUCUCUUCCAGCAGCCGCUUGUUUGUAGCAAGACCUCGAGCCAGUCCAUCAUGGAUAAAGAAAUAAUCAUAAAUGUUCUUCCUUGAGCUGCGUCACCCCGCUGCAGUCGGUGAUGGACUCGUCCAAGGUCAUCCUACAAACAAGUGGCUGCUGGAAGAGAGUUUGCGCUUGGCUCCUUAGACUGCUGUGUAUUGCUACCGUGCGGUCGUUACUAAAGUUGGUAAAACUAGGGAAGCAAGUGGUUGGCAACAUUCAUCUCUAUCGAGGUUGUCCAACGAGGUGUUAUAGUGUGUUUGACCCUAAAUCAAUUUUACGCCAGAAUAUCCCUUUAAGAGCAGCAUGCCCUGAUCCCUGGUCUGCUGGAACACUGAAAAGCUUUAACUGUUAUUUUCUGACAGGACAGGUCGCUCUCCUUCUCACAUGUUGAACAGGAGUCCAGCUCAAGUUAAAACACUCUCUGACUUUGACUCAUUCAUCUCCUGGGCGAGCCAAACAGGCAAACACAAAGGGCCCUGCUGGCGUCCUGCAUAAUGAGUCUAAAUGGGUCUAAAUGUCAGAGAAGGAGCUCCCCCGCUGGAUCCCGGCAGGCCGCUGUCACACUGCAAACAGCUGACUGGCACAUACAGUCUGCCACCAGAGCCAGCAAUUACGUGGGCAGACAAACUCCCUUAUCUCUAAUGAACACUUGCAGCCGCUUUAAAAGCUUUCACAUCUGUCCUGGCAGCAAGGAUAGAGGGGGUGUUAGUCGUCUCACACCAUCAUGCCGUCUGCUGCCGACUGAUCCAGCAAUUUGUGUGUUUCUUGGAGAAAGUGUGCAAACAGAUGAUCAUUACUGUCCAGAGGUCUGAAAGCUGCAGAGUCAAGUCACUGAUCCAUCCUCUAAAUUAUAGGCUUUUAGGGGGAUAAUCUGGGAUGUUUAAAGGUUCAGUUUCACGGCCUAAAAACCUUCGAAAUCCAGAGUCUCUGCUCCUGCCGUAAGGUCAACCUGUGUAAAAAAUACAACAGUAUCUCUUAUCGACACGGAUCACUGAUCCUGUUCAUACCAGCCAUUAAACGCAGGUCAGCUCAGUGGAUAAAGGUGCAAAAUGAGGAGGGGUCACAAUAACAAAGUGGAAGAAAUAAAACAAGGAAGUCUCCGAUACAAAAAAGUGAUUUAAAGAUGAGUUCCCAUUCACUGCAAUGUCUCUGUUUUCCUGAGAUUGUCUCAGAGUUUGUGGGCAUUUAAUGGCCGGUGAUAUAUUAGCUGAAGUCAUAUCAAGUCUCGCCCAACUUUGAUUUUGUCUUUCUCCUUAAGUAGAGACACUCUAUCUUUUUACUGAUCUUAGUUGUUGUUGUUUUCAUGUUACACCUGACCACUUACUUUGGCUAAUGCUACUUUUGAUCAAGUUAACAGAUCAACAUCUGAUUCUAGCGAGGCUAACAAUGCUGUACACCCAAGAAAUGAGCAAACAAGGUCACAGCUUUGAAAUUGGUUUGUAACUUUUCCUGUUCGAGCGUGCUUUAGACUGAUUCACUGAAACAUUAACAUGAGUUUCUGAUUUGGAUCAAUAGCUGUGUUUACAUGGGCACAAAUAAUUGGAAUAAAUGCCAAAUGCGUCAUGUUAACAUGUCGAUCAGAAGAUUCUGAUCCAAUUCGGCUCAAUCAGAAAGAAAUUGUAUUCCGAUCAAGGGGUGGUUUAUGCCGAUUGUUAUUCUGAAACGUAUCCGUGUAAACAUUUAUUCCGAUCGUGACUCUCUUACCUCAUGACUUGGUCUUCACUCUUUAGCUUUUGUCUUAUUAUUGAGGUCAGUACUGGAGUUUUCAUUAUCAACACUCUGGAAUAAAACACAACCGCAGGUGCCGUGUCUGCUCCUCCGAUAACAUAACAAGGCGUACAUACAGCGUGAUGAUGUCACAUCUGCACGCACAGUAAGAUAAGUACGCAAGGCGCUAUCUAAUGACAACAUUUAACAGGGGGAAAACUACUAAAUUGGACGGAGUGAGCCACAACCGAGUUUGUUUGUUUGUUGACAGCACAGGCGUAAAUACAACUCUUCUUCUGCGGUUGUUUUAGUGAAAUCAGACAACUCUGCGCAUGUCCAAAUGAUUCUAAUCUGAAUAAACCUUGGUGCAUGUAUAAACACGUAAACAUGGCUAGUGUAGCUUUGCACCCCUGAUCUUAGAAAGAAAUAUCUGUCUUUGCUUUGGUUUAUUUUUUAUUGUUUGACUCUAUCACAGUUUGAGUGAACUAGCCCUUUAGUUUAAAGAACAGACACGUAUUAAACUCAUCUUCAGUGCGUAAUAAGGCUGCUGGUCUGAUCUGUUGCGUGCUAGAUGAGGCAUUGAUUUCUAACGGCAGUAUCUUUGUUGGUGAAUGAAUCCACCACAUCCUGAUUAUACUCGUCCUUCACACAUAGCCGCUAACAACUCUUCCUGUCUUUAAAUCUCAAACCCCUGCAGCACGAGACACUUAAGACGGAAGACGCCAAAAAAACAAACAAACAAAUAGCCGAGAGGAGGAGACACAUCUGCGGCUGCAUGUGCGUUGAUGGGUCACAUCCACGUUCCUUUACAAAUUGCAUCAGCUCAGAUCAUUAGCGUGAAUCCGAGCUGCAGCAGCCUGACGCAGCAGAAUGAACGGCUGAGCAGAGGAUGAUUAUGGAGAAUCUGAGCUGGUUUAUCUUUGGCAAACACACACUGCUGCUGCUGCACGCCACACUGUCACCAGACAAGCUGCUGCCAGUCAGCAGAGGGGUGAGGAGACAGAGGGGGAGACACAGAGCGGGUGGUGUUUAUUCUCCAUGGAGGUGGUGCAGUCGGACUGAAGGUUCACUGCUGCUGCUGGUGACAGGGCAGCGCUGCGUGAUUGACUGCACGGCCUGUGGAAAUCAUCACUGCAGGCUGAGCAGAAGAAAGCAGAAUAAGCCCGGCGCUAUCGCGUGUCAGCGUCCCCCCGUGUGGAGGAAUAUGCAUGUCACCCACGUCUGACGGACUGUCUGUGCAAAUGUAACGCUGUCGUCUGAGAUAGCGAGGGAUUAUUACACUUUUCAUUAAAGCUGUACCACGCAGCGGGGAGUGAUAACAGCUCUGCACAUCAGCCAGAGGUCACGUCAUGCGGAGUGAAGUCAACACAGCAUGCUCACAUUUACAUCCACAGCUUAACAGAAAAGUCAGCCAAAGGACGGGAGAGGUAUCAGGUCAGACAGCUGUUUUCAGCAGGGUUUACCGAGAGUCAGAGGGGGCAGGAGUGUGAAGUCUUUACCGGAGUAAAAGGGCAGAAAACUGCAGGAAAAAGUAGAUCCAGACUAAAGAGAAGGUCUGAUCGGCCUGUUAAUGAAAGUCCGACUGAAAAAACUGUAAGAAGACACAGUCAGCACUAAUAGAAGAAGCAAAGAACUUUGCCUCGGUAUUAAAAAGUGAUCCUUUACUUUAACAGACAUUAAUGAGACAGAAAGUCCCACUGCAGACACUCAUAUCCUUUUUUUGGUGUAUUUUGGGCUUAAUUUAGGACACAUUCGCCAAACGGGUCCAGGAAAGUGCUGGGCUGUCCUCUUCUUGCUUCCUCUGCAAACUGUUUUCCACCUCAGCUCCUCCUUUUUGUCCGAUUUAACAGUGUCGUAUGGGUUUGUCACUGAUGCCUGCUCGGUAUCAGUGACAAAAGUCUGAGAUAAAAGAGGAAAACUAUGGGGAAAAAAGUUCUUAUUAUGAGACAAAAGGUCAAAAUUAUGAGGAAAAAGUGGGACGAAAUACAAAAAUUGUGAAACGGUAAGAGACAAAAGCCAAAAUAGUAAGACAGAAGUUACAUUUUCUAAAAUUAAGAGUCAGGUCGGGAUGUUGCAACUUAUAGAGAUGGUGAUAACUUUUACUCUCGCUUGGUUCUGUUCCCUAGAGGUCUUUGCUGCUGCUCUCCCUGCCUUUGCUCUUCCAUGUAAAACAGAGGGGAGGUGUGUCCUCCCUGCUUAAGCUUGUGGAGUGACAAGAAACUUUCAACAAACAACCAUAGAGGCGGGACUUUCAAUAUCACUUUCUUUUUAACAAUAAUAGUGGGUGUACAGAGGACAGACUUCCCAUAACCUUCCUUUUUGAAGAGUAAACUAUGAAGUUGAGAGCUGCAACAGGAUUUCAAACAGUUGUUUUAACAUCUUAAUAAAUUUACAAUUGAGUAAAAGCACGCAUAAAGCAUAAAGAGCAAUUUUAAACAGAUCUGGAGGGUACUAUCCAGUAUGCAGAGGUGCUCGGUGAGAACUUUUAUGACUUUGCAGCAGAAAGUAAUUAGAGCCGCAUGCUUUAAAAACCAUUUAAUCUCACAGAUACCACUUUUGUCUAAUGAUUUUGUCGUUUCUUCUUUCAGCUGCAUCAAUCCUCAGCAUUACCAUUAUUUAAUAUUUCACUAUAUGAACAUUUAAUUUCUUUAAAAGUUAGUUAAAACCAUCCCUAUAAAUAACAUGCCUACCUGACUCUGAAUUUUAAAAAAAUGUAACUUUUUUCUGUUUCACAAUUUUUAUAUUUUAUCCCACUUUUUCUGCCUUUUUUCUCAUAAUUUUGACCUUUUGUCUCAUAAUAAGAACUUUUCCCCUCAUAAUUUCACUCAAUAUCAUUUUAUUUCUACAUUCUCUCCUAUAACUAUGACUUUUUAUCUCACCGGAUGACUGUACUUUUUUAUCAUGAGGCUAAGUUUUCACUUUAAUAGUCCUCAGAGACACCUUUUGAGCAUAAAUGUAAAAUAGUUGCCCCUUGAAGGUAAAUUUACUGGCAAUUACAAGGAGACUGAACCACAUGACUUCCUUUCAAGAUGAUUUCAUUAAAGCAUUCUGACUCCAGAUAAAAAUUAAGUGGAGCUUAAAUUAAAAUAAUGGACAUUUAUUGUGCCCCAAAUUGUAAAUCAGAUCGAGGAUGUCUCUCUGCUCUAAAUCUGCUCCAGUGUCUGAGAUGUCCUUCGUGAUUUGUCCUUAACUUUUCAUACAAAUAUAAAGUUUGUACACAUGUAGGAGGAGUUAAUUACAGAGCGAUAAGAUCUACUAAGGUGAAAAUAUAUCUAAAAUCUCUAAUGAAAAUCGAGGCACCAAUGAGUUUUAAACUGGGUCAGUUUUUCCAGCGUUGGACAUGCUGCGUCCUGACCUUCACUGUGACCACUGACCUGACCGCUCUGUGAACACAUGAUAAACUCGUGCUCCGUUAUUGGGCGCAGUGAAGGCGUUGUUCAGCAGCAGCUCAUGAAAGUCCUGCUGGAGCAACAAGCAGCUCUGUGGUUAACAACCGCUCAUAUUUUCUGCUCCAUAAAUCAGACCGCACACUCUGAGUGGGCUAAUCCCUUUAAGACCGGUGGCACUGAUCACUGUGGUCAUAUACCUGAUAGGAACAGCUUGUGUUAGAGAUUAGCCUCAGUUACAGAGUGCUUGUAAAAAAUAUAGUGUGUCUUUGCUGAUUGCCCUGGCAGCCUUUAAAACAAGUUUUCAUUUUAGACAGAUUUUAUAUUUCUGAUCAUGUUUGGAAAUGCAGCUCACCAUUUAUGUGACCAAAAGGGGGGAAAAUGAAUCUAGUGCAAAAUUUUUUUUACAGGAAUUCUAAUGAACUAGAAACACUUUUAAAAUCCAGGGUUUCAAAUACCCUUAAGAGUCUGCAUCCAUACGGUGGUGUUGUUCCAAGAGCCUCUGUAAUCAUCCUUUGUGGCCUUCUUUGCAAAAGAUAAACAUGCUAAGAUGAUACAACUGAUGGCUGCUUAAUGUAAGGGCUAAACCAAGUCAGGCCAUUAAAGUCUUUGCGCAUCAAUUUACUAGGGUGACCAUAUUUUGACUUAGACACGACUACACGGGGGUGGAGUCACGGAGUCGCACGAAGUUAAUUUUGAUAGUUUUUCAGGUUGGAGCAAGUGUCUUUCACAUGCUUCUAACUCAGUAAGUCCAUGUGACACAAACUCGAAAGUCUUGAACAAAACCGCGGACAUUUGAAAGAUUUUAUAAACUUCCCUGGACAAAGCCAGACCAGCCCGGACAAGCCAAGACAGCCAGGACAGCCCCCAAAAAAGAGGACAUGUCUGGGUAAAAAAAGACAUAUGGUCACUCUACAAUUCACAGAUAACAGCCUGUCUCAGAACACCAUCCUUGUUUUCACCAUUUUGGAUUCGCCCAACCCGCUGAAGACCGGCUGGAGACAGGAAGAUCGAAUAGCGUCCAUUUUAAUCAAUGUCUGGUGGUUUGUUGAAUAUUUAUAUUUUAGCCCUUUGUGUUUAAUUGCCUUCUUGUGCUGAUAUCAGUAUAUUUUCACCUCGCCAAGCUGCGCUAUGCCGAGACGAGAUGCGUCGUCCCCCACCGCAGAAGCGUUUGCCGUCAGAGUCGGAAAAAUUCCCCUGAUUAGUCGGGUUUUAGUUGACCAAAAUAGUCUUUGGUUGAUUACAGCCCUAAAACCAUGACUGCAGCUGCAAAUUUAAGGCUUAGGCUCACACACCAAUCAGCAAUGUCACAUAUACACUUCCCCAUUUUCUAGUAGUGAUGCACCGAUACGAUAGUUGAUAUCGGUAUCGGUCCCGAUACUGAAGAAAAUUCUAGAUCAGGUAUCAUGACAAUGGGCCUGAUGCAUAGGAGAUGAUCUAUUCAGUCUAACUCUAUGCUAUGCACCACAAGUAAACACGCUGAGCGGAUGCCCACAUCGUUUUCAAAAUGCAGCAAGCAAAGGGGUCUGCUAUCUUGAACUUUAUCACAAUACCUCAGCCUACAAGCUUGAUGGCCACUUGCAAUAGCAGCGCAGAAGGGGUAGUGGUAAGACUUAAGGUUACAACAAAAGGUAAUUCAGCUCGGCUUUUCUGUAUCGGAAUUGGAUCGGUAUCGGCCGAUACUAGACUGUAGAUAUCUGUAUCGCUAUCGGUGGUGAAAAAAGCGGAUCAGUGCAUCCCGAGUAUGUAGUUUGUAGGGUGAAAUGUAUUAAACUUUGUGCUCAUUUGGGAUCAGUCAAUCCAGCAACACUUUGCAGUAGACGCCAAACAAGAGCAAAUCAAUCCAGGAGUUCAACCUUUUCAGUCUUUAUAGAAGCAGUGAAGUAAUUGGUUAUCCUCCGUUAUUAGUCCUAACAAGUCUGCUUGGAGAUUGACCCUCUUUUAUGGGCCAACUUCUCAACAGGACGAGGUCAGGCGCUCAGCUGGCCACGGCGGGACGGAGCUGGUAAAGUCUGAUGGUGAGCUGGACAGGCUUUUCUUUAAGACUGUCACUUUUACAGCUGACCUUGAGUAGAGAUCCUCUCAGAAAUUUAUGGCAAAUAAUGUCCUAAGGAGUCCCAUUUCCAAGAUUCACUGUCACUUUGCACUCAACCAUCACUCUGUCUCUGAAGACAAUCUGCACUCCUGACAUGGCAGACCCAUAAAAAAUAUUACCAGCCAAUCCAAUUAUGUGAAGAGGGGAUUAAUACUUUAAAAAGCUGCUAGUUUUUAACAGUUAUUGCAAUGGAUAUGAGCUGCUUCACAGACACAUUAAGCUUGAUUGACUUGAAGUGUCAUUACUUUCCGUGGCACCGGGAUCCCGGUUAAGUGAUGUAAAAUUUAUUGAAUAUUUAAAUCUUUUUAAGCUUUGAAGGAAUUGUGAAAGGAUUGUGUUCGAGUCCCAUUUCAGCAGAGUUUGAUUCUCAAUGGUCCUGAUUCUGAUUAAUUUACACCAACAAACUUCUAUCCAAUCAGGAGCUCAGCUUUUGAAUGAUGCAGGCGUCUGUCCUGACUACAUACUUGAUUAUCACCCUAGCUUGUCAGCACCAAAAUUACCAAAUGUUUUCAUUCUUUGCUGUUUCUCGACAUUUACUUGCACACGAGCACAUUCUGCAGGUUUUUUAAAGCCUCGAGAUGCUCGUCCUGAAGAUGAAACCUGUAUCCUGUCACCCAGAGGCAGGAUUUCAUGUUGUCCGUUCCUCCUGAACCUCACUUUGUCAACUUACCAUCCUGACACUCAUCAUUCUCGUGAGCUGUGUAUUAUUGAACAGCAUCUGGCCCCAGGCUCAGAGAGGCAGUGUCUGUAAGGACUCCACAGGUGUCGUCUGAAAAACUGACUCAGUGAUCCCCUGUGUGUCGUCUGUUUGGUAUUUGCCUUAGCUUGUCUGACAUUUCUGACUGUUCUCCAUCAUCUCCAAUCAUUACCAAUUGGAGAGAUGUUAUUCAUACCUCGCAGAGAUUCACUGCUUUCUCUCGGGUCACUGACCCUACCUGGCUUUUGUACACCAGAGGACUUUAAAAAGCUUUAGACAGACCAGGAAAAUUUGAGGCCUGACAGAGAUUUAUUUUAGACACACAUUAAGAUUCAGCAGAGACUCGGUACCAUGCAGAGUCACAUUUUCUACUGGACUGGUUUCUGGAUCCUCUUGAUUCAAUAGGAUGCACCAGGAUGUCACACAAUAACACAAUAAAACCCUCCAGAACAAACUAGUGCACUUUAUUGUCCCUUUGGAAAAUGUCUGGAGUAAAUAUACAUUAAAUGGUACCAUCAACACUAUGUUAUAUUGUAAUUUUAUUUCAUUUUGUUAAGUAUCCUAUCAUUAUUAUUCUAUCAUAUCCCAUCGUGUUGUAUUGCAUCUUAUCAUACCAUAUUAUAGGGCUGGGAGAUAUGGCCUCAAAUCAAUAUCGCGAUAUAUUGAGCAGUUCACCUCGGUAACGAUAAAUGGAUGAUAACUACUCCACAAGCUGCUCACCCCCUUCUAAAUUAACUUUUUCUACUUAAGCCGCUACAACUUUUGAACCAUCUUCACCUGUCUUUCCCUCUUUGUUACGGACUGGAUGGGGUGGAGUCACGUCUCUGAUAUAGGACAGUGUCUUAAAGGGACAUGAGACCAUAGCCGACCUACACACAUCCAAAACCAACUUUUAUUUGUAUAUUAAUUUUACACAGAAUAUAUUGACGUAGGCAAAAUGACAGGUUUUUGUCGUAAAUUUCGGUAUCGGUAAAUUUGCGGUAUAUCGCCCAGCCCUACUGUAUCAUAUUGUUUAAUAUUGGAUCUUUUAUCAUAUCCCAUUGAAUCCUGUUAUAUAUGUCUCAAACUCAUGUCAAAUCCAUAGUUACUAAUUUGGUUUUCAAACAGACGAACUUUAACCAUCUGAGGCUUUUACUUUAGAUUAAAUUAAAAUGUGCUGUACAAAUGAAGUGGAUUAGAUUGGAUGUAAUAUUGUGUCGUAGCUCAUUGUGGCUCUCAGGUGGGAUCCCAAGCGGUAGCAAAAUCCUUUCUUGGUGGCUGUAGAGAGAGACCUAAACAAGGGACCUGACUUAGCUUUUCAGACCUCCUGUGUAUUUAUUUAUGUUACCAGUAAAGCCACAAACGUUAUUUCACUAAAAUUCUUUGGUUAAAUAAAUGUGAUUAAAUUCUGUGUGCUUUGAAAGCUUUGGUCCCUUUGAGUGACUUUGUGUUUUAUAUUCAGUACGUAUGAGAAGCUUCUUUUCUGACUUGGCUCUAGUUUAACCUUUUUCUGCUCAAGUAUGGAUGGGAUGUAAAAGUUGAAUUCAAAAUCAUUAAAAAGCAAACAGGCUGAGGAAUCAAAGUGACUCGUUCAGUCAGCCCAGGAUUGAUCUGUUCGGCUUCAGCACUGCAGACACAAAAACUUUAUCUCAUUAGAGCAGUAUCAAUCAGAGCAUCGGUAUCAGCACUUGCACAGAUAAAAAUGUAAAACCAUGUCUCCCUUAAGAAAUAAAAACCAGGACAUCAAGAGGUUUGUUUGUCUUGUGAUAGUGAGGCCUCCAGAGUUUCCCUUGGAUGAGGCUUUCUGUGAGAGAAACUACAUCUGAAAAGUUGUUUGGUACAGCGGGGUUCUUACCGACACAUUUGGUCUGGGUAUGAACUCUUUACCUCAUCGUUCGUCUGUCUUCUUCCUCUUUGUCUCUGCCCUCUCCAUGUCAAAGCCCACCAUGCUAAAUAUGCUGAUCUCCCCACUGCGGUUCGACUCCUGUCUGUCACCGAGAGAUCAAGUCUGCGCACGGCGCCGCACGUCUCGGCCUUUGAUGCAAACAGAAAGUCUCACCCAUUAUUAAUCAAGAUCCAGCAUACAGGGACAUCUGUUUCCUGAGGCUGAAUCAGCUCAAACACUGUAACCUGAUGCGGAAAGCUCAAAGUGAACUCAUGGUGACACUGCACUUUUUCACCCUAACCACCUCUCCUCCUCUCCUGGCGUCCGCAUCGGCCCGACGCCAGCUCAUGUUAGGAAAUGAAAGCAUUAGCAGGUUUGCUGCGGCUCCUGUGGCCUGAUAGAAAGAGGUCGCGGCAGAGGAAGAUGUUCCCCCACAGCUGUAGAGGUGGGAUAAGCUCUCCUGGACACAAAAGCUAUUUGUCAUUGUUAAUUAUUCCACUGCUACAGCUUCACAAAAGACACCCGGCUAAUUAACAAAUGUAACCAGGAAGCAGCAGGGGACAUCGCGGACAUACUAACAUGCAGAGCUGCUCAGUGCUGAGUUAGUUUACGAAGUUUACUCUCAAGAGGGAAGUUAGGCGAAUUUUAAUCCUGUUAUUUUAAUCUAAUUCAAGUUUGUUUUUUUUAGGGUUAGUUAAAAUGAACUUUUUAAAGUGAAAAUAAAAUUAAAAAUAACUUUGAGAAGGAUAAAGUUCAACAAAUGAAAAAUUAAUUAAGAAACGGUUUAGGUUGAGCUCCUUUUUUAGCAAUAAAAUGAGAAAAUAAUCACCACAGACCGAGGAUAGUUUGUCAAAUAAGUCAAAGUCAUGUAGUUAAACAGUGUUAUUCACUACUGCAGCUCCAAAUACUGUUUCUUAUGUAAAUCUUAUAAUUCUUAUAAAAACAGUCUGCAUUAUUCUGAGCUGUAAAAGCGAGCUUGUUGUUUCACAGGCGAUUCGGAGAGAAGGAGGGGUUGUUGUCAGCUUAUUCAGCACUAUUUAAAAGCACAGAGAUGAAACCAUUCUUUCUUUUCCCUCUGCUCCUCCUCCUCCACUCUUCAUCUUCCCACGGUGCCUCUGUGUCGGCGUUUCUAAUGUUCACUCGGGAGAGAAAGAGUCUAAUGAGCCCGUACAAGGAUUGAGAGAUGAAGCAAGAUAAUGCAGCAAUGGCACAAAGGAUACAUAUCUUUAAAAAUGUGAAUUAAAGCAGUUCAUGUAGGGCUGGGCGAUAAACCGAAAAUUUACCGAUACUGAAAUUUACGACAACAACCAACAUCAUUUUGCCCAUAUCAGUAUAUUUGGUGUCAAAAAAAAUAAAUAAAUGAAAGGUUUUGGAUGUGUGUAGGUAGGUUAUGGUCUCAUGUCCCUUUAAGACGCUGUCUCUUUAAGACGAGACUUGACUCCACCCCAUCCAGUCUGUAAGAAAGAGGGAAAGACAGGUGAGGAGAUGGAGGACGGUUAAAGAAGUUGUAGCAACUGAAGUAGAUGAAGUUAAUGUUGGAGGGGGUGAUCAGCUUGUGGAGUCGUUAUCGUCCAUUUAUUGUUAUCGAGGUGAACUGAUCAAUAUAUCAUGAUUUUGAUUUGACCCCAUAUCCCCCAGACCUAAGUUCAUGCAUUUUGAGGUCAAUGCAACAUCAAGAGUACAGGCCAAAGACUGUAUAUACUAUGGACAACUUGGUUCUGCCUUCCGCCAGUAUACGGAUUUGAAGCCAAAAAGCUCUCUGUAAUUCUGCGUUUUCUCUCCACUUCCUAAAACCAACAUUGCACAGUAGCGUUGUACGCAUUCGAUUGGAGAGUCGCUGAGAGUCGCUGUGAUGACGCUCGGGUGAGCAACGCAAUCCCUGAAUGCCCAUAGGCUGUAUUAGGUGUCAAUCAUAAAAAACAUGAACCCCCUAAGAACUUUAAAAAACAGAGCUGAACAAAAAAAAGGACUCUAGCACAAACCAGUCUUACAGUAACUACAUGUCAACAUCGCAACGGGGGGGGAAGAAAAAUUUAUGUUCUGUUUAAUGAAUUUCUAAAGUUUGUCCACAGCUCUAUAAGCUUUGCUGGUGGAGGCGGGAUUUAUGACCUAUACUGCAGCCCGUCACCAGAGGGUGCUGUUCUCGGAGUGGCUUCACCCAGUGAAGAGGCUGGCGGCAUCUAUUCUAUAUACAGUCUAUGGUACAGGCCUUCAGAGCCCAGGAUAAAAGUUUAAAUGGUUCAAAAAGUUUGAGUGAUCAGGGAUUUAGUUUCAGUAAUUUCUGUGAUAUCAUAAUCAAUUCAUAAUUCGAAUUGAAGCUUAUACCAGGAAUAAAAGUCAUUAAAAGUUGAAAAUUGUUGUGCUCAGUGAAGGUAUAAAAUGGAGAAUGAAUGACAGAGUGAGAUUGAAAAAAAAAAAGAGACCCAGAAAUCAUUUCUGCAUCAGAGAGACGUGUUAUCUCCUUUUGACUCACAUUGUGUAUCAGCCGCGGGAAUCCUGCUCUCCUCUUCCUCCGCUCUGUUUCACCUGAGUACGACGUAGCUGUUAAUAAUUAGAGAGGAGGUGUAAUACGCAGCCGACUCACCAGCAGAACAAUCUGUUGCACACAGCGCUGUCUCAUUUUAAUAAUUAAAAUGAAUCUACUCUUGUGCAUAUUUGCAUAAAUUAAAUGAAGAUUUGUCCUGCGAGGCCCGGCAAACACGGUCCUGUCACUGAGAUGUGUUAGCGCGGUCAUGAUCUGCGGGGUUUGUUGUCUUACAGCUAAAGUGGUCUCCACGGUGGUAUUAGGACUCAGAGCAGGUUCACAGCUUCAUGUGUGACCUUAUCAUGUGUGAUUUACUGGAUUUUCUCUGAAUAUAUAGUCUCUCUUUUACCUGAUUCAACUGCUCCAGAGCUGCCCCGCUUUGACUUCACCGCCUAUAGGAUUUGACCCCUCAGCCCUUGACCUCCUCAGCGUAGAAAAUAAAAUACGCCUGACGGCCAUUUCCAGUCCUGCCUCGAGGGGAUAGACCGGCGUACAAUAUGAUUUUUAUGGAUCAAUGUGCAUGGGUUUCCAAAAUAUCCUCUCAGUAUUCUCAUAAUUGGAGUUGCUGCUCCUCGUAACCCAGCGAGGAAUGACCUCUGACCUCUUUUAAAUCAGGAAAAAAAGAAGCCUGCAGUUUAUUUAUAGUGUCAGUUAUUUAGAGGCCUGAAGGUAUGCCUGAUGGACAGAAGACAUGUCCACACCAGAUUUUUCACAGCCUUUUUCAACCAUUUAAAUAUGUACAAUGAUUUCCAGACUUAAAGGGAUAUUUCAGCUUUUUUAAUUCAGGUUGUGUAAGUCACAUGUCACAAGUAAAUGAUCUAGCUGAAAUGGAUGUAGAAGCUCUGUUACUUAAAGGGAUAUUCCUACGUAAAAUUAAUUUAGGGUCAGACACACCAUAACACCGAGUUAGACACCCCCUCGAAAAGGAUGAAUGUUGCCGACCGCUUGCUUCUCUAGUUUUACCAACUUUAGUAACGACUGCAGGAUAGCAAUACACAGCAGUCUGAGGAGCCAUAAACAAACCUCAACCAAAACACCACUCUAUAGUCACAAAUAAUGCUCAGAACAGCACCUAACUUCAUCAACGGUACAUAUAGGGUCAAAGCCAUAGUACUAGCCACCAAACAUCUUUUUAGCUUUGCCUAAUUUCUUGAGAAAAGAGACUAAACACAACUCACCUACUCUCUUCCAGCAGCCGCUUGUUUGUAGCGAGACCUCAGGCCAGUCCAUUAUGGACUACAGCGGGGGGAUGCACCUCAAUCUAUGGAUCCCAGUCAAACCCAACUGUUAUAGCAGACGAAUAUCAAUUUCUUUAGGAUGGAGAAUAUCAAACUCCAGUGACUUGUUAGUUAUUUUUGAGUAUAGGUAUUUAUCCCAGAAAGCAAACUCCAAAUUGAAUCCCUUGUGAUACGUGUGUCAUUUCAAAUCCAGGACAAAAAGACUGUAAAACAGCUGUUUCCCAGACGUUGUCCAUUCCAUCAACACCCCCCAUGAAGGCCAGAUGAUGUGUUUCCUAUGUAUUUAUGGUUGUAGUUUUAAUUCUUUUCUAAUUUAAACUUUGCACUUCUUUUACUGUCUAAUGUUUUAUUGUCCCUUUUUUAACGCACUGACUGUAAAGGCGCUUUUUAAUUUCGUUGUGCUUGUCACAAUGACAAUAAAAAUCUAUCUAUCUAUGUCAUGUGUCAUCAAAACUAAAAAGUCCAGCAAUGGUAAAAUGUUUUAUGGUUUAAUGUUGACAAAGACUGCAUACUUUUCGCAUGAAUCUUGCUCUCUGUGCUCUUUACUGAAGGUUUCUCUCUCUCUGUGUUACAGACUUUGGAUCUGCAUAGGUGCAUGAAGAAGUGUCCAGGUGCAAAUCAUCGCCUCUGGCAGUCAUGAGGAAUAGAGGGUAUGUAUUUUCAUCUCUUCUUUACAUCCUACUCCUCCUGCUAAACCAAUUUCUGGUCAAAUAAGAAGUGCUGCAUGGAGAAGCCAUCAUGCAAAUAUCCUCACAACUAAAACAAAAUCAGAAAUAAUUGCAACAGUCACUUUUUAACUCCGAAAUGGUAAUUUUGGCAGCUUGCUCAGCCAGACUGCACUUCCAAAAAUAAAAAAUGUCAGUAUCCUUUAGUGUUGGUUUUGCACCUGCAGAGCUGCUUAGUGUGCAAAUGUUACUUUUAAUUUUGCUCUGCUGGGUAAAAACCUGGUGUUUGUUUGACCUCCUUAUUACCCCUGACAUCCACCUUUGGAUUACUUUCCAGUAUUAACACUUAAUGGCACCUUGAAACCACUACCUGGAAGGUUUUUACCCCAAAAUAACUCACUCAAAAGUUGGAAAGAGAAAACAGGCUGACAUCCUAAUACACCAAUAUGAUACUUGACUUUUAGAUCAAGCUUUAUACUGCUGUUUUGAGUAAACCGAGUACAGUACAUCAAGACCAAAACCCAAAAAAACACCUCAUCCCGUAUUUAGAUUUGACCUACAGGCCCCUGAAUGCUCCGUUGUCCUGACUUCUCCAGUACGUAUUUGAAAUAACACCAUGAAACUUUCAAGAACGGUUGUAGAAGCUGCGUCAUGUAAGGUGGAGGAUUCAUUAAUCAUUGCAUUGUUCUUGUAUCGUCCCUCCUGGUAAAGUGAACGUACUUCCUCCCCUGACCUUGGCUCCUGACUCCGUCCUGUUUUCCUGUCCUCUUUAAACUUCCUUCCUCUGUUAGCACAUGCUGUUAGUUCAGCUCCAACCUCAGCUGGAUGGAGGUGGAGGUGGAGCCAGGCGUAGGUAGGCAGAGCAGUAAAUCCACAGCGUAGUCAUCCAUCACCGUGCCCACGUCUCUGCUCCCUCUCUUCUCUCUCUCUCUCCCUCUCUCUGAGCUCCGUCUCUCCUCGUCCACGUCCUGCGGCACAUGAUUAAUCCUCCCUCUCAUAUCUCUCCUCAUGUGUCAGCACCUUCGCUGCUUUAUAGGCUUAUGCUGAAAUGAAGUGACAAUUCAGCGCUGAAAUAUCACCAAAUUAAGACCGCCGGCAUGUGUAAACAACGCAAAUAUACACCAAAAACCAUAAAUCACACAGCCAAUUCUCCUGCUCAAACUUUGUUGACCUGGUUAUACUGAGAAGGCGUCACUUAUGGUCGAGUUUUUCUUUCUUUUUCUUUUCUUUUUUUAGCUGAGCUUACAUUAGUUGCUCUCUGCUCUCAGCUGACUGCUCAUUAUUAAUGAUAUUUGUGAUGCUGUGUGUGUGUUAGUUCUUAAAAACUGUGCUAAUAAAUCAGACAAAUGUGUUUUUAAUGCAAAUAAACGCAAACAUUUAGUAAAGAUAUCAACUUAGUAUUAAUGACUGUGAUUAUCUGCUCUUGAAUGUGCUCAGCUAAUAUUUUGGCAUGUUGAAAAUACUGAGGAUGUCCUCAUCAGCUGUUUUGGUCUCUAAUCCCAAUCUGGUCUUCUAAUCCUGAGUAUCUGCUGAUACUGAGUCUCGUUUUGGUGCUUGUAUUUGUCGAGAUAAGAGAGCUGCAGACUGUUUCUUUGUUGUUGUUUCUACAUCUGAAUUUACAGCUCUAAAUACUGACGUGAUGAUUUAAGCUAGCUCUCAUUUCAAACUACUUCCCUUUUCCUUCUUUUUAUUGUUAUUUACUACAUGACAAAAUAAAUAGUCUUCUGAUUAGCCACCCGGGCCUGCUGGGUCACUAUCAUAACUUCACCAUCUUGGUGCCGUUUGCUUUGGUUUUUCAUUUUGCAGUGACUGAGAUUACAGCUGUUUGAAGUAGGGGUGUCUUGAUACAACUUUUUUACUUCCGAUACCAUACCGAUAUUGUAGCCUUCAGUAUCGGCCGAUACCGAUAUAGAUCCAAUAUUGGCACAAACUUGUUCAUGACAAGUUUUGCACUCAGCUGCAAUGCCUUAUUUGGACUUUAACAAAAAAUACUGCCACACAGCCGACGUCACUCCUACUCAUCGCUACUUAAUUAUUACCUUAGUACACACUGUUUUUGUGAUCAUGUGGGCUCUGCAUGCUGGAUCCGGGCGCUAUAAGAUAGAGGUGCAGGAGCAGAGUCUGGAAUGGACUGCUUAUAUCACAGUGCUGAUAUCGGAAAUUUUAGGUGCAGGCCGAUAUAAUCCAAUAUUUGUUUAUUGGCUGAUAUUGGGCUGAUAUCAAUAUCAAUAUCAAUAUCGUAUCGAGACAGCCCUAGUUUGCAUCUCCACUCUCUGCUGUUCACAGCUGCUUUGUGCACUCUCAUUCUGACAUAGCAAAUGUCUGUCUGCACUGGGGAGAGCAGAGUGAGUUGAGCCAGUUUUUACUUGACACAUGUUUUAAGCAAGGGCGCCAGAGCUGUGUCUGACACAUACAUUUCAGGAUGUGGUCCAUCCUUGGAGUGAUCAAUUUUGGUCUUAAAAUCAAUUAAAAAAAAAAAAAACUUUAUAAGAUGUUUCUUGAUAACCAUGAAGUUGUGUACACAGCUCCUCUGAGCUCCUCUAUCCAUUUAGAUAAAUUUAUGUUAUCCAGCAGUUUGAAGCUGGCAUUGUGCUAAUGGUAUAAGCUCAAUUUCUAACUAACUAGCACCAAUGUAUGAGAAAAAAAAUGUCAAAACUAAAACGACUCCUUAAACAUGAAAAAAAAUCACUUUGUAAAAAAAUGUAGUUAAAUAGGCACCAAAGCCACACAACCCUUUUGUGAACUCGGCCCUCGCUGUCUUUGUAAUUAAAUGUGAACAAUUAUAAUUUUCACACAGAGAGAGAAUUCGGCAUAAAGGCCUCGUCCCUUCAGCACUUAAAGCAAACAAAUUCCCCAGCUUGUGUUUAAGAAUUUGCAAUAUCUCUUUGACGUCUUCUGCUGUAUUAAACUGGUGUGCAUGUAAUCUUGCAGGCUAAAAGUCGAGGCAAUCAUACUGUGAACUCAAAUUUAAUGCGACUCUGAGGUUCGUGGUACUCGGCUGCUCGAGAAGAACAUAAAUAUUAGACAUAAACUCAACUUUCUUACCUUCCUUUUACUCUUUUUUUUUUUAACGGCUCUAUAUCUGUUUUAAACUCGCAUCAUGUUUUAAAUCACCUUCAACUUGUCAGCAAUGUUGGUGUACAGAUCCACGGUGUCUGAGAUGAAGUGUCAAGACAAACAUCAUCCCUGACAUAAAACCCAGCAGACCAGAUCAGCAGUUUCAGUCUAAUAUCUUUUGGAAAUCUAGCAUUUCCUCUCCCACCUGCAGAUGAUAUACCGUUAAAACUGUUGUACCAAUCAUCAAGUAAACACCAAACGUACAGCUAUAGGCCUCCUGAUCUACUCAAAAGUAAAUAUAGUGCAGCUUUGAAAGCAGCGGCUCCCUCUGAAGAUGACUCAUUGAUGUCAAUUUAGUUUCUGUCAGCAGGAGCGUAAAAACCCUUUUCAGCUUGAACUCAGAGAAAGUUUUUCAGGUUCAGGGAAGAAGUGAGGCUCUGAAUGGAAAGAGGAGAGCGAGGAGCUGUGCGCGUUUGUGUGUUUGAGUGAGUGUGUGUGUGUGUGUAGCAGGAAGCUCAGCAGCUCUCAGAAAAAUUGGCUCCUGCAGCUUCUGAGGCUCCUCGCCUGCAUAUGCAUGAACCUGAACGUUGUGAGCGGUUAGAGCUGAUUGAAAGGAAAUAUGACAAGCUUCGUCGUACGGGCAAACACAUAUGGGCUCAUGCACAUCUACACACACACACACACGUCUACAAAAAAGGUAAGGCGCAGCUCCGAAACCAGCUGUUCCUCUGUGUUUAAAUUAUCACCUGUCAGCACAAAUUUAGCCCUUCUGAAGGGGCUGGAAUUUAAAUGUUCAGAUCUGCGGCAGAAAUCACCCCCCCCACCCGUCCCUCCGCUGUCAUCCAUCAUAAAGUAACAGCAAAAAGAGGCCCGGCCAUCAAUUUAGCUCAUUUCCUUUUGAAAUCACAGGCAUUUAGUUCAGCCUAACUCAGGCAGCUCACUACAAUGAUGAGGAAGAAUAUUCAAUUGAGAGUUAUGCAAAUCAGAAGUUGAAGCGGAAAUAAAAUAUCAGUGUUUUUUAUUAUGUUGUGCCAUCAAAAAUACUCACAGGAGCAACCAAACUGGUGAGAAAUUGUCUAAAGCUACAAAAAAAAAAGGUGGAGGAACAACUUCUAACUUUUCAGAUAAAUAUGCAACAGAUUAGUUAGAUGACGGGAUAAAGGAAAGAUGGAAAGAGGCUGGGCGAUAAACUGAAAAUUUACCUAUACCGAAAUUUACGACUAUAUCCAUCCUCAUUUUGCCCAAGUCAAUAUAUUCGGUGUCAAAAAAUGAAUAAAUAAAAGUUGGUUUUAGAUGUGUGAUGGUAGGCUAUGGUCUCAUGUCCCUUUAAGACGCUGUCCUACAUCAGAGAUGUAACUCCACCCCAUUCCGUCCGUAACAAAGUGGGGAAGACAGGUGAGGAGAUGGAGGACGGUUCCAAAGUUGUAGCUGCUGAAGUAGACGGAGUUAAUGUGGGAGGGGGUGAGCAGCUUGUGGAGUAGUUAUCAUCCAUUUAUCGUUAUCGAAGUGAACUGCUCAAUAUAUCAUGAUAUUGAUUUGUGGCCAUAUCGCCCAGCCCUACCUGAGUGUCAAAUUAUAAGUGGAUUUCAUUUCUUACAGUUCAAAAUAUCAUUAGAUGAUUCAGAGAAAUCGAGAGAAAUCUCUGCACAACAGAAACAAGGACUAAAACCAAUACUUGACGGUCCUGCAUUAAAAACAGACAUGACUCUUUAGUGGAAAUCACUGCAUGAUCUCAAAAUCUCUUCCAAAAAUCAUUGUCUGAUUGUCUGAUCAUUAGAAUAGAAGAAGAAUCUCUGCGUCAUUAAGUAAUUUUAACUUCUCACACCUCCAACACAGAUUUCCUGUCGAUCAUUGGUGCUGUCUCAGGAUAAAACCAGGCUUGGUUCUUUUUUUUGAGGCUCUGAAAUCAGGAAACCUGAUUUUAUUUUUAUCCAUCAAUCUUUAAUUUGGGUUUUCAAGUGUCAAAAUAACUCUUAAAAGUUUCUUUAGCUGCUGUCUGAGAAAAAAAAAAUAGGAUGAAGAGUUGAGGAGCAGCCAGCCCAUCCAUCUUUGGCUGUGCGGUGAGUGAGGUUUGCAUCUUUCUCCCGGCAGCAGCCCCGAGUUGAAAGCCGAUCAAUAACAUUGUGUCCUCAGAGGAAUCAUCAUUUUAAUCCUGUUUGGGACUCUGACUCCUGCCUGUCCUCACUCAAGCCUCCUCUCGCCGCGCAGGCCAGCGGCAAAAACUGCAAUUACACAAUUUCCUCUAAUUCAAUGUAAAUGUUGAAUCAUGUCAAAUCAGAGGCUCAUGGUGCUCCAUCAGCCCCCUGGGCGCCACAGACAGCUGUCUCGUUUUGGCGUAAAUGUCGCGGCGUAACUACAAAAGGCUGAACUCUUACCCCUCCAACACCUCCAGACGUCUGGAGGUUUAGACAAUAUUGUGUAGUUGCCUUUUUUAUGGAUUGACGCUGUUGCCUUUUAGCUGGCAGGGCAGAGCUUUGCCACGGUCUAAUGAGGCAGAAGACAACCUGAAAUCAAUAGCUGCUCCAAGCGCACUACAAAGAGAACCGACCCAGCGGAGGACUCCGGUAAUUAAAAGUAUUUCACCAUGUAUGACGGCUGCCUGCUUAAAGGCUGCAAAGCACAAGAGGAGUUUUCUCCACAGUUUGUGUGAAUGUAGGCUGAGUCCAUUUUCUUCUCCUGCUGACUGUGAGGGCUUUUUAGUCUGCGGGGUAAUGUGUCAUCAGCUCUUGUUAGUUUCAAAGCACAGAGUCGUAAAGGAUCCCUUACAGCUGGAAUACUUUCACCCUGAUGAGGAGAAGACCGCAGCAAUGCUGACUGGAAACUUCGCCAGUUAGCUGGUAACAGGACGAUUAAAUUAAUGUUAGCAGACAGCUCAGACAGUAAUGGAUAUAGUUUACCUGGAUUUAAGCAGAAGUUUCAGGGUUCCUACGCAAGUAUGGAAAAAAAUGGAGGUAAUUUGAUCAACUUCUGGGUCUAAAAGGUAUGGUCAAUAAUAAAUAAAGUAAGGAAAAAUAUAAUAACUUAUUUUAAAAAGUAGGUUAUGGAAAAGUAUGGAAAUUCCAACUGUGUAGGAACCCUGUCGCUUGCAAAUGAUAGGCUUUAUCAGUACAUUUCUCUGCAUGUCUUGCUUAGCCACCUUGUACUUAACAAAACGUGUUUGGUUCCUGCUAGUUUGUCCAUUCUGAGCUACUGUAGAAAACGUGACAGUGCAACAAUGCAGCCUUCAGAGCGAGAAAAGGUGUACAGCUGCCCCAGUAUAGUGCCAGUACAAAAGCAGCACUAAAAAUAAAAAAUAAAUAAAUAAAUACGUGGCUGACAGUGUGUUCAUCUCUGUGAUCACCCAAAGUCAUGCAACAGUCACAGAAAUCGCAGAUAGUGUGAGCCAAAGACCUCCAUAUGAAGAGGUUGUUCACACUGCUGGAUGUUUCUCCUCCGAAGCUGCUCUCUGCCUCCAUCAUUGUUUACUUUACUCACGAAACACGUAGCAAAAUCCGAGCAUCAAUCUGAGCACUUUAUUAGCAUAUCAGAGGCAGACAGGUAUGAUUUGAUUCGCCACGACUCCAGAAAAGAUUAAAAAACUACAGAAUGUUACAAAAUGACGUAUCUAUGCUCCAGGCUUAAAGGGUAGACAUGAGCAGUGGCGCCGCUGGCUUGGAAGGUUGAAAUGCGUACAUGCUGUCCCAGUUUAAAUGGGAUAACUUUGUCUACUUCAGACGCCACUACAGCCGCUCCAACUUUUGAACCGUCCUCCAUCUCCUCACCUGUCUUUCCCUCUUUGUUAGGGACUGGAUGGGGUGGAGUCACGUCUCUGAUGUAGGACAGCAUCUUAAAAGGACAUGAGACCACAGCCUACCUACACACAUCCAAAACCAACUUUUAUUUGCGUAUUUUUUGACACCGAAUAUAUUGACAUGGGGAAGAUUAGGUCAUUAUUGUCGCAAAUUUUGGUAUAGGUAAAUUUUCGGUUUAUCGCCCAGCCCUACUUUUGAUGAUAAAAAGUAGGUUGUUUUGUGUCAGAAAUACGAUCAUAUUGUCGAUUAUACUUUACAGUAAGUUCACAGAUGAACUAUCUGCUUAAAAACACGCUGAUAUGGCAUAAAUGUCAGAUUUUUACAUCAGUCUAUCCAAAAUUAGGGCGCAGCAGUUUGGCUAAGAGUACCUAAACUGAACCUCAAUAGGUCGGUAUUGUUUUACGCCAAAAAGCCGAAAUCUAAAUGUAUGAAAUAAUGAAAGAAGGACAGCUACAUUUCUUAACAUCCUUCAUACAAUCCCACUCUUUUGAACCAGCAUUUGCUCCCUCUUAAUGCACCUCUGGAGCUUGCAGGCUGUUGUACAGGAAAAAUCCACUCCUAAGUUUAUAUAUCUCUUUAUUCCCUCCAACAUUUUUUAUAUUUGUUUUUACAAGAAGCUUUUAUUGAGGAAAUAAUUCACUGUCUGCAAAGCUGUUAAAAUAAAUGGCAGAAAAAUGCGGUCGAAAGCCUCGCAGAGGUAAUAUCCAGAGCUGCUGCCCGGGGGCUCUGAGGCCUCUCGUUGUUGUAAACGUCUGAUGGGCAGCUCGGAGAAGCCGCUGCUGCUCGGUCGUAAUUGAAGCUGAUAUUAAAAGACAGAGCAAUGCCUAAGCUGGGUCAUCUGGGCUAAAUGACACGGCGCUGUAACUGCAGUCACCUUCCCUGUAUGUUUGACAAACUGCUGCCACCGGGCUACAAACAGAAACAUAAAGCUCUGCCCUUCACUCCAGCCCUUGACUCCAGUGCUUUGGUAUAAUAGCACUGUCACCACUUAAGAUGUACUCGCAGGACGAUAACCCGAAGGAGAGAGUAAAAUGUGAGGAGACAUCAGCCUCACCUGCAGCUGUUUGUAGCUACGUGAAGGGUAACCACUGUGUUACUGAAAAACACCUGCCGGACCUGCGACAUAUUACUACAGUCAUUCUUCAAGAGUGAGUUUUAGACGCUUACAGCCAGUAUUAUACUAGAGAACAUGCACCUUUUAAUACAGACAGGAGUCAACAACAACAAAAAAGAAAAAAACAGAUGGGUAAGAAACUUGAGCAAGGACUCUUUGAAAGAGUUUUUUAAGUUCACACAGUAGACAGAAGACUGCAAAACUCAGAAUUUGUGUUUGCCUGAAGGACAAUUUAGUCAGAAUGAGAAGUUUAUAGAGACUGAUUUCACUUCUCUUGUCUGACUUCACUGAUUUAACCAGAGAUAUUAAGUAUGUUCAGUAUUUUUUAUUUGAUCAGAUCUCAUUGUGUAGGGGGCAGAGAUGGGAUUUGAGACUUCGACAAGAGUUGCGCCUUUAAUUAUGUGAUCUUCUCGUUUUACUGACGGCGUUGACUUUCUCACUUGGACACUCCCAUAUUGUGUGACUUAUAGUCAGUAUGUUUUUGUGUAAUUAAAAAAAAAAUGAUUUACUGCAAUAAUAUGCAAAGAAAUUACAAAUCUACUGAUAGAUACUAGAAUAAACUGAGUUGGAUGAAUCCUUCCAGAACAGGUCUAUUUUUUGUAUUUCUAUCCUGAGGGUUUAGAUAUAUUCAGGCUCUGGCUGCACCUCACCUUUACAGGUCAGCUGACGGCAGAUACAGCCUCUGAUUGGUCAACAGACAUCAGAUAAAGACAUCAAUAAAGACUUCAGCCUUUGUCUGGCACAGUCAGCUAAUAACAAUAAAAAUAACAGAAUUUUAUUAAAAUUAAACCAUAAAUCAUCACAGAUUACUUUUGUUUUUGACAACAAAAGAGUGGGAGAUUGACAGGUGGAUCAGAGCAGCGUCAGCUGUGAUGCGUAAGCUUAACCGAUCAGUUGUGGUGAAGAAAGAGCUGAGCCAUAAGGCGAGACUCUCGAUUUACCGGUCGAUCUACGUGCCGAUCCUCACCUAUGGUCAUGAACUUUGGGUAAUGACCGAAAGAACAAGAUUGCGUAAGGCUCAGAGAUAGCGUAAGGAGCUCGGACACUCGGGAGGCGCUCAGAGUAGAACCGCUGCUCCUCCACGUUGAGAGGAGUCAGCUGAGGUGGCUCGGGCAUCUGGUCAGGAUGCCUUCUAGAUGCCUCCCGUUAGAGGUGUUCCAGACAUGUCCCACCGGGAGGAGACCUCGUGGCCGGCCCAGGACCAGGUGGAGGGAUUAUAUCUCUCCUGGGAGUGCCUGGGAAUCCCCCCGGAGGAGCUGGUGGGGGUGGCUGGGGUGAGGGCCGUCUGGGCUUCCCUCCUGAAGCUGCUGCCCCCACGACCCGGAUGAAGCGAAAGGAAAACAAAACUGAUAACAUAAUUCCGAUGUUUGGGACAGCUUCAAUCCUGGCAGGUGUAAUUUCUAAUGUCAGAUGAUCACUAACUACUGUAUAUAUCAGGGUCAUUAAGUAUUGGUUCAAAAUGUACUUUUAAAAUCCUCCUCCUAAGCAGUGAUUCUCUGGGGUCUCCUUCUGUAAGUGUCUUCAAGCCUCAAUCCACAAAAUCAGGAGUUUCAGUUUCUCAGUCUUUCCAUUGAGAUCUUUCCUUUAGUAUUUUGCUUCUGUGUUUCGCACUUCUGUUGUGUUGUAUUGUCAUGAACACAAACAUAAUCACAGUUUGAUCCGACCGAUUGUAUUAAAUGAACUCACUGUCAUUAAUUUUCUCUGAAUCUCCAUCUUUCCUCAUUUUCUCCUCUGCUCAAGAAAGUCUUCCUCACUGCUCUGAACGCUUUUUCCCUGUAGGAGCUCGCAUGGCACUUUGAAACUCUGUGAGUAACUUUAAUCCCACCAGGAGUCAUUCUUAGAAAACCUUAUUAUUCAUUAAAAUGUCUCUGAUUUCCACCUCUGGGAGCAGCUCUUUGUACGAGGAGGCUUUAUGAAUGCAUCCGCUGGAGUGUGAGACAUUUCAGUGACUUUUGGUCUAAGCUCCCGAUGUUUGAUGCCGAGUUUAUUCCCCACAGUGUUGCACUCUCAGAGCCAAAGAUAAAAUAUAUCCCUGCACUCCUUGCCUUGCAUCACACAGCACCCUGACUCAGUCUAUUUUAAGGAUCAUUUGCUCUAAGUUUGGUGGGGCAGGUUCAGAAUAAUCAGUCAUAGUGGGCUACUAAUGUCACUGCCAUCCUGCUGCUGCAGGGCGGGUCUGUGUGCUAUACAAUAUGUUCAGUCUGUUUUACUAAUAAUUGAAUUAGAAUUAUUUUCUUCAAACAAUAGUUUAAUCCAAAUUAUCUUUGUUUUAACAGUGAGAUACUCUCCUGAAAAUGACUUUAUUUGCUUUGCAAAUCUUGAAGCUCUUUAAAUAAUCAGAUUAAAUCCAGCUUUGUCCUCUACAUGGUUUCAAAAUGUGAUUAAAGAAUAUUUUAGAGAUGCAGCGCGCCUCUUAGACUGGCUGAUAUACUUUAUGUCAUUUUGCAGCACUUAUCUCUGACAUCAUAUCCAGGUUGCGCUGGUGUGAGUUAAAUCAACAAACUUUCUGAGCAUGUGUGGACUUUUUUUUACUCCUUGAGUAAGCACUGUCUUUAUGUAAAGUUGGCUCAUACUCAAAAUAAAGGUCUUUAGUUCUUAUUCGCUCAAUUUUUUAAGGAGAAAAAUACAUUUUAAAAGAAUUUAUAAUAUCUAGUUUUACAAACAGGGAUGCUUUGGCACGAUGGUGUAUUAGGGCCACAUUAAGAAAGAAAAAAUUUAAGACUUCAUAAUUACUUAUAAGAAUUUAGUCAUAAUGAAGUCAUUAUUUAUGAGGAUAAAGUCCUAAAGUAAAUGAAGCCUUAAAGCUGCUUUUGUGUAGGAGGAAAUGUCUGAACUGGUCAACUGCAGAGUUAUCAGUGGGUGCAUCAGUGGGCCAUCCAGAGAGCUUUUGUGGUUUCUUAAGAAACAAACCAACUGAUGAUCAACAUUUGUGAUUCAGAGGGAAUCGAGCUCUGAAAGGCACCGUGUCUGUUUCUGAUGCUGGCACAACACCGGCAGCAACCUACACCUGCAGAGGCACCAACACCUUAUGGCAUAUAGAUUCAUACGAUAAACUAAAGCCAUAUGCUAUUGCUAUAAGCGGCUGCAUUGAGGGAUUAAGCCUCCGCACAGACAUUUCCAGCCAUUUCUCCCUCCUCAAAAACGCUGAUUCCCAACAAGUCCACCUAGUUCUUUUUCUGGAAAAAAUGCAUUUCUUGCAUAUGUCCUGAUACUUAUGACAAUGUGAUGCUGAAACGUUAAAGGAUUUAGUAUCUCCUUGUUUGUGAAACCGAGCUACUGAAGUUCAAUUCAUCUAAAUGCUCCACAGCGCUCACUUAAACAACUAACAGCAGGUCAGAAUAGCUAUUAGCUACGACUUUAUUCUCGUAAGUAAUUACGACGUCUUAAUUUUUUUUUUCUUAAUGUAGCCCUAAUACUCUGUCGUACUUUGGAUAGCAAAAAUUUGAACUUUUUUUUUUUCAUGAUCGUUUUCAUUAAAGUGAAAUAUCAGAUCCCAGGUGUUUAAAACCAUGAUAUCAAUAUUAAUCUAAAAGGUUUAAGAAAGGUUUGUUCUCAUGACUUCUCGGGACCUUUGUCAGUUGAAAAAAACGAAAAGAUACUCACUCGUAGUAAACCCAGAUUUGUUGUUUCAGAGGGAGUAUGAUUUUUUGAGGCAGAGGUUUUGGGUGAGGGAAAUGGAGCCUGUGAUGAUGAAAUCUGAUUUAUCUUCAGCUGAAGGAAGUUAGUCUCCAUUUUUUUAUUUAUUUCUCCAUUUCUUUAUUUAUGAGAGGCAGUCUGUGGGGCGUGGUAAAGGAUAGUGUUGUAGUCAAGACCGCACAAACCAAGACCAAGACAUUACCAAGACCAGAGAUCUGACCAAGAUGAUUCCGAGAUGACACCAAGACCCUCAAAAAAUGGUCUCGAGACUGGUCUUGAGACCAAGACCGAUCUGGAGUACUACAACACUAGUAAAAGAAGUGAUUGACUUGGUGGAAAUAUAAAUUUGGACAUCGUCAGCUUAACAGUGAAAGUGAAGUCCAUGCUUGUGAAUGAUUUUACUGAGAGGAAGCAUGUAAAGAGAAAAUAAGAGAGGACCAAGCACAGAGCCCUGGGGGAUGCCUUCUGUGUUAAUCAGUAAAUAAAUGCCCAGAUCGGGUUGUUAAGAUUGGGAAUGGAGUAUUUUUUUAGGUCAAAUGGUGAAAGAAGAAUGGCUUUUUAAAAGCCUGCAUAUAUCUUUUAAAAACAGGGUAUAAAAGGAUCUACAGGAAUGAGUCCAAACUAAUUCAGCAGUGUAGUUUUCUUCGUGAGACACUGCCAGCCUGCAGCCUGAACACUACAGCUCUUUAUCACUCCCAGAGAAAGAAAAAUGAGAUUUCAGUAUUCAGACAUGAUGAGCUAUGAUCUGUAUUUUUAGCAGCCUGAUGCAUCUGUCACCGUCUCCAACUUUCCUAUUUGAGAGUCAAACUUUGUAGAUUAAAAAUCUGUCCGUAUGUAGCUUUACCCUGUUCAUCGACAUUUCCAUCUAUUAUUCAUGGCUCGCAGACCCGCUUCAGUCGUCAGCGCGGCGAAGCUUUUCGUUCCCGUGUCCCUCCGUUCUGACAGCGGCACAGCCACACACCAUCACACACACUAACACACUCCCCUCCUGCCAUAUGAAACUGUGGAUUUCGCCUGGUUAAUGCACUCGAAUGAAUUAUUAAUUGUAAUAAGUGGAGCUUCCAGGCUCUGUGUUUUAUUGGGUCCUCCCUCACUGCUCUGACAUUACAGAAAUGGCAAAUGUGUCCAAGACAGACUGAGCCCAUUAAUAACCGAGCUGAGCUUUGUUUCCUCUGUGAUUUCAGACCUCACUUCACUUCAAUAAGGCCUCCAUCGUCUCGCUGUGUGUGCAGGAUCCGAGUGCUUUAAUGGAUUACCCUCCAGCCUCUGUAUUAUAAUCUAAUAAAGUGUUUAUUUAAGGGCAACAGGGAUGCUUUUAGGAGUAAAAAGGUUAUUUGCACCAAAUAAAAAGCCAGCAUUCUGAGCUUUUGCAAGUGCAAAUAUAUGAUACUCUCAAGACACUCUGCUUCAUCCAGCGCUGCUUUAAUUGUCCCUUAAAAUAGGUGCAUUAUCAUCCACACAGCCCCUUUUCUUAAGAUAGAUUCUUACCUUUAUUGUCAAUUAGAUAAAUGCUUUUCUGCAAGAAAAUAGAAUCAAGAGAGGACCCCACAAGUCAUGUUGUAGCUAACUAAGAAUCUGAGCAAACUGUGAUUUAUUACCCCCUCAUACUAAAUGAGCUACAGUAUGCUAAAGUCUCCUACAGCUAAUGUAACCCUGGUUUAAAAUAAGUGCAACCAGCUGACAAAGACAGCCCAAUGUUAUUGCACUAAUGGAUGUUUACCGACUAAAACAAACUGUCCCAGGGUCAGGUAGACUCCGGGAUCUUACACAACCAGCCCGUUGCGAUCAAUAUUUCAUUUAGUUUGAGUUGCAUUUAAAGGAAGAAAAAAGGUGUUUCUAUUUUUAGAUGCAUUAUUUAUAGAGGAUCAGGCUGAGGUAAACUGAACUCUUCAGGCUGUGGGCUUUAGUCAGAUAAAAUUUACUGUUGAAGCAGUCUGCAGGAAAAAAUAUGCUUAACAGGUUCACAGUAUAGAUUUAUUCUGACAGAUGACAUGUAAAAACACAGAUGUCCUCUACAAUUGUUAAAAAUUACAAAAAGUCUCUACAGUAUGAAACUCUCACCAUGUGUGGAUCCGAUUCAAUUCUUCAACGAUUUUUUUGGAUGAGGAUUCCAUUUAAAUUGCGAUUCUACGAUAUUUUUAAUUUUCUAGAUUUGUAGUCCACAUUUCUAACACCAGUGAAACAGUUGAAUGAUCAUGAUCGUCUGCUGACUAUUCCAGGAACCAUAUUUCCCCAAAAAAUACACAUCAUGUGCAAGUCAGGUUUUAAGAUUUAUUCUUAAAUUCGAAAAAAAAAUCAAUUUUUGAACAUAUCGUAUUUUUCGCGCAAUAAGGCGCACCAUCGAUGAAUGUGUCUAUUUUCAUACAUUAAGGCGCACCAGAUUAUAAAGCGCAUUAAGCCAAACAAAACAGUCAGAUAAGUCAAACUUUAUUGAACUCAUUCGAUAACUGCGCAAGGCUAUGGUAGCUGCAGUGCUCCGACAAGCCAAAAGGAUUUUAAGUGCGCCUUGCAGUGCGAAAAAUACGGUAAAAAUUGAUCUCAAAAUUGUAAAACUAAAAAUUGCGAUACUUAUGUGAAUCAAUUUUUUCCUCCCACCCCUAGUGGAAAUGGGUUAAAACUGACAAUACUACACAAGAUUUGAGAUGAAGGGACAUCCUUAGGCUGCCAUGCAAUAUGUCUAUGUGUUAAGGAGGAAGGAGACAGGGAAAGCAGCCAAACUAGACUUCCUGAAAAGUGCGAGUGCUGUUGCAUUAUCCAGGGAUCCUUGGAUGCCAGUGGGUCGUCCAAAGUACCUCAGAAUGACUGCACACCAUAUUGAAACUGAAGCUGUCUCCUCCCACUGAUUCUUGCUUUGGUGCAGCGGAGCAGCAUUUGUUGUUUGUAAGAUUAUAACCCACAUUUAAAUGAUUCACAAACCAAUACACUUGUAAAAACUAAUUUACAUUGUUAAUAUGGACUUAAAACUCCACAUUCAAAAUAAGUGAGGUUUGAAUUUUGGUCAUUAUUGACUGGCAUCAUAACACUAAAACUCUUAGCAGCCAUUUCUCACCAACACCGAUUACUAGGGCUGGGCAAUAAACUGAAAAAAUUACCGAUACCAUAAUUUACGACGAUAUCCGACGUCAUUUUGCCCAUGUCAAAAAAUAAAUAAAAGUUGGUUUUGGAUGUGUGUAGGUAGGCUAUGGUCUCAUCUCCCUUUAAGACUCUGUCCUAUAUGAGAGGCAUGACUCCACCCCAUCCAGUCUGUAAGAAAGAGGGAAAGACAGGUGAGGAGAUGGAGGACGGGUCAAAAGUUGUAGCAGCUGGAGUGGCGGCUGAAGUAGACGAAGUUAAUGUGGGAGGGGGUGAGCAGCUUGUGGAAUAGUUAUCAACCAUUUGUCGUUGUCAAGGUAAACUGCUCGAUAUAUUGUGAUACUGAUUUGAGGCCAUAUCGCCCAGCCGUACUGAUUACUGUGCAAAGGUUUUAGACAAAUGGCCUCUUUUUCUGGAGAGAUAUUUCUUUGGACACUUCAGUUUAUGAAGUAGCACCUGGCUGAGACUCAGUGAGACAGAAAGAGGAUGUUGUGGACAAAGAGACAAUGAAAUCUAAAAAGGACCCAAAAAAAACCAGUAAGAUGUAAAGAAGGGUGUGUGUAACUGAGCAGAUCUUGUUCUGACUGGAAACACUUGGCUGGUUUUCUAAGCGGAUGAUGGGCAGCUCACGGCUACUUUGUUCUCACACUCUGCUCUGAAGUUUGAUCCUGCGGAGGCUCAUAAGCUUUUUGACUUCCUUUACAUUUCAACUUCUACUUAAAGCACUUUUAUACAAGUAGUGAGUCACCUCCUCUGUAAGGGUUGCCAGUUUCAUGGACUGAUGAGCUGCUGCUCCUGGGUGACACAAAGUCAUCUGUGUCCAAUAUUUCUUGACACCCUGCUGGUGUAUCUUCAGGUUUAUUCACAUCCAUUUAUCCAUUCUUGAGCCGCUCGAGUAAAUCCUCCAGUCACUGAUGCAGAGUGAGAAAAAGACAGGGUUCAUAUACUUACCCUGACUCUGGGCGUCUUCCCUCUGUCUGUUAGAGUCUGCAAACUCCAACUUGCAUGAGAAGCUUACUGUUUUUCAGAGAACAGAAGAGGAGGGUCACUCACCUUGAGAGUGCUGAACACCUCACUGAAUCAGACCUGCACCAACUUUUGAUAAGCAAACUUUACCGAGGAGUAUCUAUAUGUUUAAAAAAAAAAAGAGAUCAUGACUUUACUUCACUUGAUGUAAGCUUCAGCUGGGCUAGUUUUCUGUCAAAGAUUAUGACCAGUUCAGCCUCAAUAAGCAAACUCUACUGGGCAGUGUCAUAAAAACUGACAUUAUGCUAAAUUAACAUUUUAAGGUACUGUGGUAACUGCUGCAGUUUUGUGUGCUGAGUGCACUUCUGUUUUAUUCGAUCUUUGACUACAUUACAAUACACUUUACUAUCCCAAAUAAAACUAUAUCUACUACACUACAUUAAAAUAAGCUAUAUAUAAACUAUAUACCACUUUAUGAUAUACUAUACUAUACUAUACUAUACUAUACUAUACUAUACUAUACGAUACUGUAUUACAUUGUACUAUACUAAACUAUAUUGUACUAUACUGUACUAUACUAUUUACAACUACCUUACAAUAUACUAUACUAUACUAUACUGUAUUACAUUGUACUAUACUAAACUAUACUGUACUAUACUGUACUAUACUAUUUACAACUACCUUACAAUAUACUAUACUAUACUAUACUGCACUGGGUUGUUCUACAUAGGACUGUACUAUACUUUAGCAUGUUGUAUUGUACUAUAUUAAACUGUGCUAAACUUUACUAUGCUAUACUCCACUAUUUUAAAGCAAUCUUUAUUAUACUAUACUAUACUUUAUUGGACAUACUACUAAAUCUACUAUACUACCGCAUCGGACUACACUACACAAUAUUAUACUAUACUAAACCAUAGUAAAUUAUAGUAAACUAUGCUUUACUAUACAACUGUACUACACGUGAGGAUUAUAAAUACUUUGUCAUGCAAUGUUAUUCUAUGCUACAAAUUUCUGAACUAUAUGAAACUAUCCUUUACCCUUUCUAUAUCAUACUUUGAUUUGCUGUAUUAUACAAAAUUGCACCACAUUAUACUCUACAAUCGUAUACAAUGCUUUACUUUAGUAUUAAACACUAAUCCUUAAUGUUUUGUUCUUGAUUAUACUAUGCUUUACUUGACUAUACCACAUUUUUCUAAAUAUAAAAUAACUUGCUGUACUAUACCCUACUAUUUCCUACUAUACUAUACUUUAAUAUUCUACACCAUAAUUAACUUUAUUUCACUAAGCUUUUGUUUUUACCUACACCAUUGCAUGAGAUACUUGACUUUUUAUACCAUACUAUACUUUACUAUACGGUGCUAUACUAUACUAUACCCUACCAUAUUAUACUUUACUAUACACUCGUGAGCCUUUAAUGUUUAUGUACUUCAAAGUUUAUCACAAUUUUUUGUAAAAAUAUCAUUUUGACAGAAUAAAUGAGAAUAGUUUAUAAAAAGUGUUGCUGCCAGCCAUAACCAGGAUGCCAGAUAUCCCAGAAUGCCUUACUCCGUGAAGCAACUGGUGAAUUUUGAGUCAGGCCAUAAUGAUUGUCCUCCACUGUCCCUGUCAAUCUUUUUUUCAUCUUUAGCUUGCAGUGAGAAGUCCUGAUCCAGUAUAAAUGAGGAGCCGGUUUAAAUAGUUAGCUUAUGUGGUUUCAAUUGAUUGGUGAAGUGUUACCAUUGUGUGUAAAACUGGGAAUUUUGUCAUAAUGCAAGACUCAAAAAACCACACAAUAGGACCCUCAGCUGAAAUCAUCGAGCAGCUGCUAGUCCUCCUGACACAGCCGGUGUGGUAGGAGCCAUCAUGGCGGUGCGAGACAUCCCCAGCAGUGAAGUACAUCAAACCGGAGCACCCUGGUAUUAAUACAGAUCGAGGUCUAUAACAGAAAGGUCACUGAUUUGAUUUCUGGCUCUGACUACAUAUCAGUCAACAGCUGUGCUGCUGUCACCCUGCCCUUGACUAAGAUGCCUCCCUGCCUCCCGUUCACUCUCCGUGUGCCUCCGUGGAUCUACCUCAGCUGAAUGUAAAUGUGCCACAAAGGAGAGGUAAUCAGCCCCGCCAAUCAGUGACUGACAUGAGACAAUGAUGGGAGCUGACAGAAUGUGAUGGAGAUGGAAUAGCUCUGACCUGGAAACUCGUGUAGCUCGGAUUAGUUUCAGUAUCAGCAUCAUUACCUGUCAUAAGAAGGCAGCGUUUAUACCAGGCAGACCAGAGGAGGUUGAACAUGAACACGACAACAACCGGGGAGGUGUGUUCAAUCUGAUCAUCGUCCAUCGAACAGAACUCAUGAUCAGAAUUAAGUACAACUCUAGUACCAAAAAAGUUAGACACUGUGUAAGAUAUUUAAUUCGAAAAAGAAAACAGCUGGAGGAACAUCUCCAAAAUAUGCAACAGGUUAGUAACACGACAGGGUGUUAACUCUCCUCCUGUGUUAGGGUCUGCAAUGACCCAUUUUUGUUUUUAUUUGCUUAAAAGAACCACUUAAAUUAGCUUUUUUUGCAUCAAGACUUUUUGAUUUUGUCGGGAACCUCUAUUUUAACAAAAUUAAAAUAAAUGUAAAAAAAAUCGACAAAAUUAUCAAAUGCUCUGAUUAAAAUUAUGGCACUUGCAAUGUUAGGGUCCCUGUUGACCCGGUUAGAUCAGUAUCUAAUAAUUAGAGCAAAAACUAAAAUCAUAAGUGCACUGUCAGGCACCACACUGACAGUCAGAUCAUCUUCCAAUCAUGUGAGAUUUAGAAAAUUCUCAUUUUUUCGUGUUUUUUCCUGCACAAAAAAACAACGUCGGGCAUGUCCAGACACGUGAGAUCAAUUCAGUAUAGAUGUCUGUAAGAGGGGUAUACUGACAAAGAAAGGCCCAGAGGACCACAACAAAAGGUAUUAUAAGCAAAAUUUUCAUGGAUAAUGAAGCUCAACAAGGUAACCUAGAGAUGAGAACCAAAUUGGAUGAUUUAGAAUUGUUUUUAGUGUAAUUUGCAGCUGAUUUAGGGCACGGGUCAAAACCGACCUGAUAAUAUAGUGGGUGUGUAGUGAAAGCUAACACAGGAGGAAGGUUAAGAAAAGGGUGAGUAACAUAACUGAAGGAAGGAAUGAUGGAAAGAGGUUCAUAAGAAUCAUGAUCCUGAGUGUAAAAUGUUAAAGAACUAGUGGGUUUCAUCAUCUACAGCCAUCUACAGUGUGCUAACUCUUUUGGAACUGGGGGCACUAUUCAUUACAGUUAGUUUGAGAUGUUUUGCCAUUAUUAAAUUUCUCUGCAGCAGUCUGAGUUUUGAAUUGAUAGCUUGAUCAAAAGACUUCUGCACCUCUCUCUGGCAGCCGUGCCUCAUAAAGCAAAAAUGAAAAGCAUUUUUACUUCGAGAUUCAUUGACUUUUACCUUGAUAUUCAAACUCGUAUCAGAACAGACAAGAGCCGCAAGUCUCAGACAUUUUCAAACCUCUAAAAAUCCUUCAUUUUUUUUCAAUCAGUGAGUUUAUUUUUUUGGCCUGUAAUGAAAGAAAAUUUAUGAGAAGCUCUUCAAACCUUCAGCUGUUCUCUGCAAACAUUCAUGGCUGCCUGACUAGGUGAACAGGUGGUCUUUCACGAGAUCACUGGAGACUCACGCUCUCCCUUUAGCUCGAUAUAUCUGAUUGUUUUCAAAGCGUAGUGACUCAGACAGAGUACUGACACUCAUUUUUAUUUCCAUUCUAAACUGAAUCCAUUACCCUCAUGUGCAGAAAUCAGAUCUUUGCAUUGAUUCAAACAGUCUCUGGAGGGAGAAGGAAAAGGCGUAUCAGAGCAGUCUGAAGAAGGGUUAAUGAAACACAGAAGCUGCUUGCCAAACAGCUUGAUGGAGGGAUGAUCUCGGGCAGCAGUAGGCCUCUGCUGAGGGAAGCCGAUGAAAUUUUAAACACCCUCGUCGGCGUCUGUAUGCAAAGCAGAGCGGAGGGCCUGUCAGAGCGAAUCACAAGGUGCUUGAUGGCUGGAAACAGUUAAAAGGUUUUUUGCAUAAGCGCUGCGUGGCUAAUUAGCUCCAUGCAUAUGUCGGCUCCUGCUGCAGGGCUUGCUCCACACACCUGAAGCCUCCCCUCCUUUUUUUAAACAACCCCCGGGAUGUUCCCCAGGCUGUCAGACCCCCGCUAACAUCCUCUCUGUGUCAGUGUCGCUUACAGCUGAGCACGGCAAACAAACGCGCCCCGGCUCUUGAUAUGGUUUUUCGAAGGGCGCGCACAUAAAACAUCCAGGGCUGAGUGUUUGAUUGAAGCCGCAGAAAGGAUGGUCCAAGGUUGCUGCGUUCCUACCUGACAAAGAAGAGCUGAUCAGAGGCCAAGCUGAAGAGACGAGGUGAGCGGCGUGAGUCUUUGACACGGCGGGGAGAUAUCUCUGCAAUCCCUGCAGUGUUUUCAUGACUCAGAGUCUCAUCACUUACACAUUACUCAGCUUUAACCUCAGCCUGCCACCUUCCUCACUCUGCUCCCCUCCCCUGAGGCUGCUGCUAGUCCAGCUAUGAAAUGAGAUGACAAGGUCUUUCCUGUGUGGACGGGCUGUCCCCGGUUGUAGCCUUAAGGGGAUGAUGUGUGUGGGUGAGUGUGUGUUUCUGCCUGCAUAAUUGUGGAUAAAAUCUGGAUUUUUACUCUUUUUUUUGUCAGCAGGAACAAAAGAAAAGCACUGAGUGUGUUAUUUAUCUCCUUUUGGAUCUGUAGGAAGAAAUGGCUCCUGUUUGGCUGGAUGAGUAGGCAUUAAAGAAACAGAUAUUCAUACAGAAAUUUAAGAAUAAGGUGUUAUCCCAAGAUGCUUAAAAAAAGCUGGUCAAGACCAUACCGUAUUAAGAGACCCAAUGUAAAGAUGAGGCAGAAACCUUGAGCUGAACCAGACUCGUGUUAGACAGUCAUCUGCUGCUACUGCAUCCGGUUUAGAGAGGGUUUAGAGCAGUGCUUCUCAAGUCCAGGGGCCUGUUCUACGAAACAAGUUCAACCUAGCGAGGUCGCCUUGGAGCUACCUCACUCAACUUAGCGCGGUAGCCAGCGGUCUCGCUACACGGUUUUACGACGCUGGUUAUGAACCUCGUAAGUUGAUCCAGCUUUGCUAUGAGCGCGUGCACACAUGUAAGGCGGAGCCCGCCGCAUCUGACCAAUUGUAAACAUAGAUCAGUCUGGAGCGUCAGAGCAGGCUGGAGAGUGAAGGACCACAGACUUUACAAACGAGGAACAGGAGACGGUCAUGAGAAAGUAUGAAGAAUUGAAAGCUAUCAUAAACCUCAAAAGCAACACCGUCGCCGCUGCAAAAGCAUGGAGGGAAUGCUGGCAGAAAAGUAAUCUUUGAUGCCAUUAUCACCCUGAAAUAGCACUGUUCAACAUGCGCUUUUAACUAAGGUGACAGUCCCCGAAUUGGAUGAUCUGUCCCCGGCUAAAGCUGUCCCCGAAAAUGUCCCUGAUUUAAGCGUUUCAUGAAUGAGAACAAAAAUGUUGCAUGUGGGCUAGAACAACGGUUGUUACAGUGGGUAGGAAGCACAAGUAAGCAGUCCUGAACAACAGUAUUUACGGGGUUAUUAUAAGGGGCAUGCGCUGCUACUAAAUAGUACCGAGAUGUUGUCUGUGAACGCGCAGCCCAUGCCCAUUCAUUCCCAAGAUGAAUCAUUCAUUUGUUCAUUCCUAUCGUGUUUACAUGUUUUGUGUAAUAUGUCGGCCAUCUGAGCCUUUCAUAAAGGUGGUCAUCCGGAGAAAACUCUCCCUGAAAACUCUCGCGAGCCGGAGUGCUCCUUGGACAAUGCGAGCACCGAGGUCUACAGGAUCCUCCGAGAACGGACAAGCCGUUUUUCGAGAGAGCUCAUUGGUCAGUGGGCGGGGUUUUUAUGCUCGGUGAGUUCAAUCUGGAACUUAACCUGCCCCGGAGCAGGUUAGCCGUUCAGCGCAUGUUGCUAUGGAGACUCGCCUCGCUCAGAAGUGAACCCGCGUCGUAGAACAGGAAACCCCGAACUUACCCUCAAAGUUACCUCGCUAAGCAGUAAUCCUGCUUCGUAGAACAGGCCCCAGUCCUCGAGGCCCCCCGUCCUGCAUGUUUUGGAUGUUUCCCUGCUCCAACACACCUGAUUCAAAUGAUCAGCUCGUUAUCAAGCUCUGUAAUGGCUUAAUAACGAGCUGAUCAUUUGAAUCAGGUGUGUUGGUAGAGAAGGAGAGAAAAGACAUUCUCUUUAUAAACAUCUCAUAACUUUAAGGUGCAGUAUCAUAUUCAAAGCAACAUAAAUCCUAUUCAAAGUAAUUUUAAGGCUGUUUUAUUUUACAGGGCUUACAGUACGACUUAACUGCUCUUAAAAUAAGCCACAGCUAUUUGUACAAAAUCCCUGAAAAUACUGCGGAAAAAGUGACAUACUCUGGGACCCGUGGUUAACAGUUUAGCGGCACUACAACACGCAGCAGGAAGAAACACUUCUGUUACAGACACUUGGCUUACUUUGUUAAAGCAGUUUACCUGUCCAGCAGAAAGGUUACAGGGUCCAUAAGAUCCCAAAGCGUCCCAAUCGUUUUAUGCUCAGGAUUCAGACAUUUUUCCGUACUUCCUGGUUGGUUUCUACAGUCCAAUGUUGUAGCACGCUAACUUUGUCUGGGCUCGUGAACGUUAUUUGAGGACGUGGAGCGUGCCUCACAACACAAGGCAACAGUGUCCGCCUCACAACCAAUCAGGUUGAAGGAGGCGGAGAAUGGCUUUGUUUACAGUCAGAAAGAGCGGGCGCUCAAAAAUUUUAAAAUGUUGACUACACAGACAUAACAAAACACAGCGAUAUCAUUGUAUUAUCAAAUGUCAUCAAUAACUAAUAGCUAUUGACUGAUAUUAAAAGCUUUUUUGUUUAUACACCUUUAACAACUCUCCUAAAAUAUGCUUUUGUUUUCCUUUUUGAAAUAAUUCAUGCUUUGAUGGAUUAAGUGUGUUUGGAUUAAAUCUUUUUGGAUUUUAGAGACCGUUUCCGUUGCAGCAGAAGUAGGCAGACCAUCAGACUUUUAAGAGGUUUAACCAUUAAUGCUAAUGUGAACUUCUGUUAAUUUCCAACUAAAUCUGUUCAAAAUGAACAGAAGUGAGCAGCGCCUAAUGUGAGCAGAGAACAUCAGCGUGAUAGGAGAAAAUCUGAUGAAGCCAAGUACAGAGGCAAGCUGCUGCAGGGAAUGCUGGGAAUUCGGUGCAGACAUGACACUCAGAGGUCCCACAGCACCGCCUGCCCGUCUGUCUGUCAGUCUGCCUGUAGGACCAGAACCAGACACCCACAGCUUCCCCCCCGCUCCACCCUUAGCUACAGGAGACAGAGGAGAGCCGGGAGCUGGCUGGAGGAUGAGGGGUCUCCUCUGGGGGGAGGGCUCUGCAGCUGUUUCAGGCUCACAGCUGCUCAGGAGGCCUCUCAGCAAGCAGGUGUUUGUACCUGAUGUGAUACAGGAAUCUCCCAGAGGUGGAGAGAGAGAGAAACACACACACCGUUCUCUUCGCCCGGUGCACAAAUCUCAUUAGUGCACUUUAACUCCACGGCUAAAAACACUCCUUCUCCCUGAAUCUCGUUAGCUGUCACCGUUUACAGUGAUUCAGGCUAAAUUUGUCACAUCAGCCUCAAACUGACGAUCACAUGCCUGCUGGAAACGUCUGAUAGAGGAUGAGAUCUGACACUUGCUAGUUAGCUGGAGCGAGGUUAAAGGUUACUCUCAAAAGCAACUUCUGAUGUGAUUUUCCUCUAACGGCUAGAAACACCCCCUCAUGGUUAGGUUCCUCUGAGAGCCAGUCAACUUUGAGUUACAUCCAAUUAGUGUUUCUCCCAGAACGACAGAGUAACUACGGCUGCGGUGGCGGAAAUAUUUGUGAAAACAUUUGACAAAACGCUUUACACCCAAACAAAACCACCAACAACAGGUACCAACCACAUUAGCUUUCAUUUUGGUCUGUAUGUAAUAUUUUCGCCUUACUGUAAAGCACAUAGAGUCCACUUCAAGUCAAAUACAAAAUCCUAAUAUAUGUCUGCAUAAAUGUGUGUCACAUCCUGCGUCUACAACAUGGUGCCAAACUGCUCAAAGAUAUUUGUCUGAGCUCAACUCUUGCUUAAAACCACAAAUGCAACACCAAAAACUUUUAAAAAGUCUGUAUUUGAAGUUUUAUCCAUCUUUUGAGAAAUGUUGGCAACUUUAAUCAAGUUUUCUUAACUUUGAGCUAAAUCCAAAAAUAACCCAUGGAGCCUGUGUGAGGAUUACAGUUUUAUCUUGCAGCCUGAUAUUGAGAAAAUGUGCAGAGGUGUUCAGAAAUAAAAGUUACAUCACACAGAUGAGAAAGGUGUUAUUUACUAAUAUGAUUUUGCAGCUUUCUUUGCAUGAUUUGCAUCCUCCUUUUGUUCUGCACAGGCCCAAAGGUUGUUCACUAUUUUUGGGUCUGGACAGAGGGAUUAUUUUGCACUUUGGGGUUUAAUUUAUGUUUUAAAGUAUUGACCUGACAGGGACUAAAGCCAACAAUAACUUUAUAAGUACUUAAUCUGAAAAAAAGCGCCCAUUUUAUUUAAUUAUUACAAAAGUGGAGUAUCAAAAGUGUUGUACACGUACUGUUUCUGUUUAAUUCAAUGUCAAAAAAGCUGCAUUUGAUUUUACUUAUUUUCUGUUCAAAGAGAACUCGCAGUAAGCUGCUUUGUUUGUGAGGAUUUUCCUCUGGGUGUAUGUCCACAUAUGUUUAGUUGAGUGGUUGGCUGAAAAUAACAUUUCCCAGUAGAAAUAAAACAUGUAAACGGUUUUCUUUUACUGUUUUUCUAAUACCUUAAAUACUGUUUUAUUUUCAUGGAAGUCACCAAAUUGAUUCUGGCUGGGAUUAUUCUCUCUGUUGGGUAGAAAUUAAACAUAAAUCUACUUCCCUGCAGGUACUCUAUUGUUGUGUUCUCUCUAACUUCUGACCUUCAGAAUCUUACUAUUAUAAUUUCAAGUGCAAGAGAACAUUUGUGCAAAAUUUCAAAAUAUUUCUUUCUUGGGUUCUUGAGAUAUCACACUCACAAAAAUGUAGGGAAUGGUUUUACUUCUGUGUCACGUUUGAAAUAGCUGUUCUGUAAAUUUUUGGUUUUCAUGAUCGAAUCACCAACUUGUGUAACAUAAUUGUUUGGUAAUUGUAACCUUUGACCUUUGGUUUUCUGAGGUAGUCUGCAGAAAUUCAGCUAAAUGAUAAAAAUAAAGACAGCAGUGCAGCAUUUAUUUGAGUAGAUCCAGAAGUCACGAUCAUAAAGAAUAUUUUAUUGCAAUCUGUAAUGAAGACAGCAAAGAAUUGCCUUGGAUUGUUAAUUUGGACCUAAAAACUACUUUGAAAUGUAAAAAAAAAAAAGACUUUAACUAUUGAAAUGUUUCUGAGUAGAGAAGUCAGCUUGCAGCAACAGCAGUUGGCAACCUUGCAUGUGUAUAUUUGGUGCGUUAUUUGGUUCAGGUGGUAUUUUGAGCUCUUUUUUCCCCGAACUCAUCCCUCUCUUGUCCUUGCAGUCGUUUUUCAUUUGACCCUGUGAUAAAGAGCAUGACAUUUCUAGAUGAGAUUAAAUGGUGUUUGUGGUGUGAUUAAACUCAUGAUGCUGUUCCGAGUGUUUACUCCUCAAACUUGGCCUAUUUCAGAGAGUUAAACUCCCCUUUGGCUCGCGCUCCAGAGCCCAAAGUAAAGAGGAGAGAGGAUCAUGAUGGCAGUCUAAUGUUUGAUGUGAUAUGUACUCAGCUGUGUGUCUCUCAGCUCUUAAAAGGAUAUAUCUUGUCAUUCAUCUGAGCCCCUCUGAGGAGUGUGUGUGUAUUUGUGUGUGUGUGUUUGAGUUAAGUGUUAAAAUGGGAGUAAGUGCAGACUACACACAGGGGCUUGAGAUCAGAGGCAGUAAAAACCUUGUGGGUAUUUCUCCUCCUGUUUGUCUCCAGGCUCAGAGUUUAUGACUGCUGCCUCUUUCUGCAGUUUGAAGGUCACACAGCAGAUUAAAAAAAAUCACAGAUAUUUUCUCAGAUGUAUUUCCACCUGAGUUCAAAACUUCUAAAACCUAUCGCACUGAGCCUUUUGAGCCUUUUCAUAUAUAUAAUAUCACCAUGUUUGAUGUUCAUACCAAACAGAGGUAGAGUUCCAAAACAUAGGAUAAAAUAAGAUACCUGUCCAUGAUCUUAUAGUGUAUUUUUAUUGCCUGGUGUUAAGCUAACAAACUGCAAACAACAACAAGACUUAAGGUUCUCACACACUGGGAACGACGCAAAUAUCGACGCGAAAUUACAAAAUAUUUGGAGGCGAGGGGAUAAAUGAGUUGGAGUACCUAUUUGUUUUUUUUUUGUUUGUUUUUUUUUUUUUUGGGGGGGGGCAUAGUAGUGCCUCCUAGAGGGCGUAAGAGAAACGUCUGAGAAAAGGAUGUGUUCAAUUUAGCAGUCACUGAAUUCUGGAGGUGUUCAUCUAUAAAGACCUUCAUGAGCUGCGGGCAACAGGAACUAUGGCUAAAGUAUGAUGGGAAGCUAAUAUGAGCGCUAACAGCUAGCUUAAAAUGUUUAAUGCAAAGGUAAAUCACUCAGGACUUUUCAUAACCACAAAGCUGUGUAAAAAGUAACACCCCCAAGAUGUAAGUAGAUCAACCCUCUUGUUGGAAAGUGGGGUGAGAAGAGAGCUGGGGAGCAACUAUCUUCAGCAUCCACACACAAACUUCCACAUUUUAUCCUCUGACAGAACUGGUGCACACUCCAAAGACCGUCUGUAAUCAGAGAUGGCGUUAUCGAAUCUACAAAGACAUUAAAAUGCUGGGAAAAAAGAAGUGUUAAUUAUAUGCAUUUGGUUCUUUGUUAUAGAGAGAGAGAAAAAAAACAGGUCCUCCAGAGUUUGACAGCUGCAGCGGUUUACUGUAUCUGUUUCUACAGGAUUUGAGUCAGCUGGGGACAUCAUGGAGGGAGACAGCGAGAGGGCAGCACGCUGAUGAAUUAUUCACCGCUGUGUGCUUUAUUAUUGUUAUUGAUCUCUGCUUAUGCACCAGGGACUGGUUCUGCUGUUCGGCUCGGAGCUCCGCCCUCCGCUGACCUCCUCUCCACUCCUAUAAACCAAGCGUCCAUUUUGUGAUAUUACACCUCCAUUAUUUAUUACCUGUCACUGCAGAUCCCUUUGUCUCCAGCUCCACUCUGGCAUCCUCUGACACUGUGUGUUUUUGUAUAAAUACACACAGGUAUGCAUUCAGUUAUAGACAACUACAAUUUCUCCUCUUAUUAUUUAUUAUUACAGUAUUUAGUCGACCUACGCUACUAUACCACACUUUUUAUGACUAAAUCUAUAAAAUUGUAUUCUAAAUUUAAUUGUUAAAAGCAGGCAAAGUAAGAUUAAUGCCGCUGCUUAAGUUUGUAUUCAGGUUUUUAGAUCCAGUUUUCUUUAAUGAGGUAACUGUAGAGGAUAGAGGCUUUGACUAAGUUAAGGAGUUGCCUCCUGUUUGUUGUCUGGACAUAUUUUCUAACGUUUCCUGCCAUUGGGUGACAAGUCCACUUGACUUGGUCUGACAGGUUUAUCAUGAGAGAUGUACUGCAGACACAUUAGGGGUAUUUCAACAAAAAGCACCAGGAAUCUCAAAUUCGUCUGUAUUUCAACUGCAGCCUGAAGUCCGACAAAGAUUAUUCAAAUCAGACCAAUGACUUUCACACUUUUGUUUACGUGCACAUUUAGACUGACAGUUAAAACUUGCUUAGACAAUUUAACUCGACUACUGUCCUUGACCAAGUUCACACGCACAGGGUAAAAAUCUAAUUAUUGACAGAAGCAUAUCUGCCUCUGCUACAAUAAGUGGCCACUUGCCCCCUUUCAGCUUGUUACUAUUGAGUUUGUAAAACGGUUGGUAAAACACGUUCACAAGAGGUGAAUGGGAACGGUGAAAACACAGACGCUUCUUGUUUGAGUGAAAGGAAGUGAAAGUUUUUUCCGAGGAAGGAAUCCAUGAUGUUAAACUUCGUGCAAACUCUUUAUCCAGUUUUAGUGCGAUUGAGGCAUACACAUGAAAGAGAAAAUCGAUCCCCAUCCACAUUACUCAGGUAUGUCAGUCAAUGUGUAUAGUCAGGCGCGUCAAAAUUCACCUCUGAAUGUUUUGUAAUUUCACGUCGUAUAUUUGCGUCCGUCCCUGUGUGUAAGGACCUUGAAUCUGAAUUUAAAUCUGAAACUCAAAUCUAAUUCAUGAGUGAAUACACACCCUACAUUCCUCAUAGACGCUUACAAGUUCCUAGUUAUUAGUUUCCUCUUUGACCUUUGCACGUGUUGAUUUCAUUCACCCCCUUAGUUUUUGCAGACCUCUGCAUCUUUGCAUCGUUUCAUUGUGUGUACUUCUCUUACUCAAACACUCUGUAUCCGUGACUCUGAUGCAUCUUGGCACAAUACGGCAGGAGUCACAGCAAAAGUUCUCCUGUCACAUAUCUUUAGUGUUUGCACUCCUGCUGCCGUCCUUGUCACUCAACCCUCAGAGCUUACGCAUGCAUGAGUUUAAUGUGUGAUACUGGAGCUUUUUUUUUUUUUUCAGUAAUACACGGAUUAACAGAAAAGGAAGAUAUCUAAUGAGAGCUGAGCUGCCGCUGUCUAUUUUUACCCGUGCCCUGGUGUGCUCCUCUCAAAAUGAGAACAGAGCGGUGCAGAUUAUUAGCACAGCACAGCGAGAGACUUAAUAACCAAACACUUUUUUAGCAGUGUCACUGCAAAUAGCUGCUUUUUUUAAAAUUUUUUUUUUAUAAAGCUGACAUACUCCUCGCUUCAGUGUUUGGAAACUAAUUAUAGAUGUUAUCAGGAGUGUAAACAGAAACACUUUACGCUGUUUUAAUUACACACAAGCAGGACAGUCAGCAUUUCUCUAAUUGCUCACUGGAUUUUUAAGAGUUUUUACUUCACCACGCUCGACCCAGGAGCGGAGAAGUUUGGAUUUAACACCGAAUGUGACAGGUGUCAAUCAAAACUGAUUGGUUAACACAGAGGAAACAGGAGAGCGCUGAGUAUGGUUAUAUAAAUACACUAAAGCUGAUGGUGCUUGAGGUAACUGAGGCGCUUCUGUAUAAAUCUGGUGGCUGUAGAGUGGUUAUGUACGGUGGCCCUGAAGGAAAACUGUCCAAAUAUUUAUAUGAACACAACAAAUCAUUAAGGUUUAAGUUUUAAAUGGUGUGUAAUGUUAACAAAACAGCAGGAGGAACAUCUCACAGACAUAAGGAUGGGAAGAGGAUCACCACUCUGUGAGAAACUGCGUGAGCAAAUAGUUCAACAAAUUCAGAAUAAUGUUCCUGAGUGCAAAAUGUGAAAGAAUGAGUAGAUUUCAUCAUCUACGGUACACAAUAUCUUUAAAAGAGUCAGAGAAAUCUGGGACAAGGACCAAAGCUAGUACUGGAUGGUCCUGAUCUUCAGGCCCUCAGGCGGCACUACAUUAAAAACAGACAGGACUCUGAAGUGGAAAUCACUAAAAAUCACUUCUAAAACGUACUUUCUGUUAACACAAAACUGAACCAUGCAAAAAGAAAACUUUUCAUAAUGAUGUUCUAGAAACACCAGAGACUACCUUAAACUUGAGCCCAUCUGAGAAGUCAAUUUGGAAGCCAUCCAUGCCUUUGGAAGCCCCCUGUAAUAUUUGGUUAUGCCUGUGAAACUUUUUCCCUUCAUGAAGCGUAAAAGGCAUCUAUAUUUUACAGUCAGACUGUCUUUAUCAUUUUGAAAUUGCUAGCAGAGGAUUAGCCUUGUUUUCUCCUUUGAUCCAUCCAUAAAGAAAUGCACGUCCUUGCAUCAUACACGAGACGUGUCAUCUGUUUAUUUAGAUAUACAUACAUAUUUGUACAAGUGAGCCAUAACAUCCCAGAAGACAUGAUUCAAUAUUUACACAGUAGGAGAAGUGUUUGUUAAAGCAGAAGGCAGACAAAUGUUUGGGAGUUGCAUUUUCUCUCAUCCUAGCACUCCUAUUUUUGAGGUUUUCUUGCACCAAAUGACACUUUGAGAGUCUGGAUUUCUUUAUUAUAUUAUGGUCAAACUACAUGGCAUCCCUCUCCUGAAAAAAAAAAAAAAACUCUGAAAUGACUCUUUCAAAACAGUUCAUUUAAUGGCUCUAGCUCGGUGCAGAGACAAAGGCAGUAAUAAAAAACAUUUCUUCUCUAAAUGGGGCUCCGCAAACACAGGGCUUCACCCCGGGCUAACUGACUUUAUUCUUCUGCUUUGUCAGACUGAUGAAACUGCAGUUCCUCUGCUCGUCUCUCCUCAGAAGUCACCAUGAGGCAAUACGAGUGAAAUGUUUUCAGGUCACUCCCAGGUCAAGAGCUCUCUGCUGGUUUAUGAGAUGCUCCACAAAUGACCCCCUUUACUGUUAAUGGGAAGCGUUUAUAGGCGGUAUUAAAGGGCAGCUGGCUCUUUUGUAAUAGUGUAUAAUGUGAUUUACCUGGUCACACUCAGGUGAUCUUUCAGAGGCGGGAAGAAGGGCUCAGGUUUUUAAUCUGCAAAAAACAGAAGGAAUUCAUUUCUCCAGUCUGGCAUCGGAGGAGGUGACACAGGAGUUUCAGAGGCGAAAUGUGAUCACCGUGAACCAGGGGACCAAACCAACUUAUUUCCAUAUUGUUUGAACUGAGUUUAGAUUAAAACCAAACAUGUAGUGUGAGGGUAAGAAUAAAAUCUAAAUUGAGCACAUGUUAUGUAACAUGGUUAAACACUGUAAGUAACAAUGUCAAACUGAUUUGCAGAGUGUGGCUACCAAUAGAAGAGCUAGCACCACAGAGCUUCAGUCCUCCUUACAGGUUAACUUUCACAUACCUGUGCUGGUUACUCAUUUCCCUGAUCAAAUGGUUAUAUAUAGGGAUGAGUGAUAUAGGCCGAAAACUUUUUUUAUCAUGAUAAGUUUUGCUAUUCUGGUGAUAGCGAUAAAGUCCCGAUAAAAAAUAUUAAAUUUCUGUCUGUGUUUUUGACUCAUUCUGUCUUGAGGAUAAGAUACUGAGCAACAAGUUUAAGUGGUAGCUUAUAGAGAAAACUAGUGAAAUGCACUUUCAACAUGAAUUGAAAACUCUUAUUGCACAGAGAUUGCACUCGUCUAAACCUCAGUCUUGAAGGAAAUCCCUCAUGUGGAGCCUCUUUUAGCAACAAGCUGCUCUGAGACAUCUUCUUCACCACCAUCAGCCAUGUAUGGCUGCGAGUCCGUCACUCACACUUAUGUCAUCAACUUGCAUUUAUUGCGUUUAUUGUGAGAUGGCAAAUAUUUAUCAUGGAGGAAUUUUCUGAUGACGAAUUGCAAACGAUAAUUUAUCACCCAUCCCUACUUAUAAACCAGUUAAACAAGUUUUCUUGGUGCUCUUUAACUUAAAAAAAUGUAAGUUAAGUGCCUUUUUGUUGCUAUUUUAGUGCAUAAAAUUAAAAUAUAUAUAUUGCUGCUCUUUGACUGGACAAAAUGCAAACAAAGUACCUACUUGAACCACAUGUACACGGUUCAUUUAGCGCCCAUUAGAUGUCUGCCUACAACUGCCUUGAGCAGGAAGAUUUUUGUUGAUAUUUUCUUCACAAAUUUUGUCCUGGUCUGAGCUGAAUGUUUGUGAAACCAAAUUCACGGAGCGACAAAAAAUAGCAGUCAUUUGAGGCAGCUGCACACUCACAACUCUUCUUGUUCUGUGAGGUGAAAUUGCUGCUUUUGUGAAUGGAGUCUUGAAGCCUUGACGAAAAAGACGUUAUGGCUUUUACUGGUCCGAAAAAAGAAAAAAAAAAGCCCCUUACCCCUUAACAGCAAUGUCUGUCUCAGCAGGGAUCCUUUCUGUAAUGUUGCCAGACACUUAAAAUAUCAAUCUGAGCCUGUUGGUGAAAAAAAAAAAAACAAGAAGUUUUAGUGGGAGCACUUUGACUCAACACAUCUGCCUUCAGGGAUUAUGUGGGUAGCUAUACUUCUCCUUCAACUUCUGAAGGAAUCUCAAACAAUCCUAAAACUUCUGUGUUUGCAGUAUUUGUCACUCAAACACCAAGAAUUAUAGAAUUAUUCAUGUACUACUAUAUCCCUGGCAGAGGGUUUGAAACUUCUAUCUCACCAUGAAACAGGAAGUCAUUUUAACUUUUUCAUACAACGUGUGAUUCCUUUGAAAUUUCAUAUCCACGAUCAAGGCCCACCCCUGAAUACAUCUACAUUAAAUACCAAAAAACAAUAAGCUUUAAGUCUUUACUCAUUCAUUCAUGCUCUGCCAUGAACCUUCAUUAAAGUUUUAGCCUCACCAGUAAAAGUUUGCAUCACACUGUUCUGAAAAUGUCCAGAUAAUUGCACAUGUAUCCCAACAGUCUCACCCUGAACACAUUGGCCCUCAUUUAUCAAUCUUGCAUAGAACUGAGCGCAGGAUUCAUAGUAUGAUAGGACACACGUGAGAUUUAUGAAAGGGUUCGUGACUGACCAAUCUCAGAGUACGUAUGAUCGGGUCUUGAUAAAUUUGGCGGCUGAAAUCGAGCGUCAUUAACAUGUCAUGCCCUUAAAUAUUCGUGGUUUAGAAGCCUCGCCCACUGAGGUCAAACAUGAAAGAGGAGAAAUAUUAGAAAGAUUCUAAACUUUUCCGAGCUGAAAGUGGAUAUCCUCACAUCUGUGGUGGAAUCUAACAAGGAUUUGCUCUUUGGAAGCAUCAAAACUGGUAUAAAAGUAGUCCAGAAAACUCCUGUUUGGGGCAGGAUUAUGGUGGCACUGCUCCUAUUAUUGAAAGUAUUUAGUUUUAAUUCGUUGCAUCUUUGUAAAGUAGAGCAGACUGGAGAGGCUGAACAAAAAUAAUUGUUAACGUCACUAAACAGUGUGUUGCUGCCCCUGAGGCACAUUUUAAUGGAUUUCUAUUGGAUUUUUAUCACUAAUUAAAAAGGAAGAGCACUUUCUAAAGUUAUACUUUACAUCCAUGGAUAAGGUCCUGUCUCCUCUGUACAGCACCUUUGUGGAGUCUCUCCUCGUUAUUGUUUCCGGGCAUCAGGUCCUCACGUUGCACCGGCACAGCCAACGGCACUCCAUUCGCCAGAGCAACAUUGUGCUAAACUGUAAUAAUAGUAACUUUAUUUAUAUUGCACUUUUGAAAACAGGAGUUUAAAAAGUGCUUUAACAUGCAGGAAAACAAAGAAGAUAAAAAUAACAUAACAACAACAAGAGAACACUUGGGGGGAAAUGUCACAUUACUGGCAAUAAAGAAAUAAAAUAACAUAAAGAAAUGAAAUAAAAAUUGGUGGAAGACAUAAAAGCUUUGAUGAAUGUCCCAUGAGUUGAGACGUCAUUAAAUGAAGACAUUAAAACAAAGACAUAAGAGCGCGUGGCACUCAGCCAAUCACAAAAGAAAAGUUUGUUUUCCUUUAAAUUAGUUUUAAUCAGCAUUUCCAAUUAACAGUGUCUGACUCAUCGCCAUAUGACUCAUAGUGACUGUGCUCCUCUUGUUUUAACCUCUUGUUGCUCAACAUGUUUGUGUUGCAAAACUUCCAGUUCUUGUUUGUGCAUUUAGUCACGUCAUUUCCACUAUCUAGAUCUUUGGUUGUGUUGCUCUUACUCUCAGAGUGGUUUAGACAAAAGCACCUGCUGAAUGGAACUGUAACCUCUUAAUAUCCUUACAUUAUAAUGUUUAGUUUCCAGUAGCAGAAGACAAAUAUUCGCAGCGAGAAAGCACUGUGCACUGCUCCUUCAGGUGCUAAUGGCAUAUAAAUGGAGUUUGCCGCGACUUGGUGAAUGUCCAGCUGCCACAUAAAGAGAUGGUGUAUUGACCAACAGUCUUUGAUUUCUUUUUUUCUUUCUCUUUUUUUCAAACUGAAAUGCUAAUCCGCACUCAUACCUCAUAAAACACAGUCUCGCCUCAGAGCCGGGCCCUCACAGCACGCCUCUACAUUAGAUCAAAUCAGAGUCUGGAGCUGGCAGAAAUAAAUAAAUAAGUGUAACAAAGUGGUGGAUGGUGGCUGAGCAUUUCCUCUAAUGGCACUGCAGCACUUUGCAGGCGUGUGUGAGUGUGGCUUAAUCACUUGUAAGACUUGAUUGAGUGUGUGUUAAUAAACAUUAGGCUGUCUCUCUUCCCCUGGUGAUUAGUGGUUUAUGUGCUCUGCUCUCUCUCUGCAGGCUGAAGACGCAGUCCUGAAGAUUGAUGGAGGGCCAUGCUAUUCAAACAGCAGGCAUUGCUGAGACAGAAGCUCUUCGUUCUGGGCAGCCUCGCGAUCGGAAGUGUCCUCUAUCUGGUGGCCAGGGUCGGGACCUUAGAUAGGUGAGUCAUCACUGUCCUACGUUAAUUUAUCUCAGGGAACUAAAGUGAUGGAUGGAUUUUUUUGGAUUUAUAAUCUAGUUAAGCUCAGGGACAUUUUCAACAUCCUCAAACUGAUUGAUUUACUUUUUAUUCAAGAUGAUAAUAUUACAUUAACAGUAGUUCUGCUUGCAAACACACCCAUUUAUGUCCACCAGAAAUGGUUGUUUGUUGAGACUGUCAGGCUGUACAUCCUUCAUAACGUGUCCUCUUCCAUGUCCCUGAGAGUACUAGUUCUGUCAGAUCUUCAGACAGAAGCAGAAUCUGAACUCGGGGAGCUGGUCCCGAGAGACACAGCUCUGGGUUAGAGCGUCCCACGGGAGCGGCAGAAACACCGCUCCUAUUGAUACUCUGAGGGAAAGAAGUGGUUUGAAGUAAACUUUCGUCUCUUAAUAAAGAGUUUUACUAUCACAGUCGAGGAAAAGUGUUGCAGCGUAAUUCGUCAGAUUCCUGUGUGCAGCGCCAUCACACAGAAGUUUUUUGAGUGAUAGUAUAUUUGGAUCAGUCAGUUUUUCCUUGAUGGCGAGACACAAAGUUUUAUAUUAUUUUGUCUGUAAGUUAUAAACAGAACUAAAGUUAGAAAGCAAAAGAGUUUUUUCGUCUUAACCUUUUACCCUUAGCCAUGAACCCCUACCUCUGCCUAAGACCAUUUUAAAAACAGCAAACUGUAUUUUCAUGUUUUUGAACAGUUCUUACCUCCUGUAAAUAACUUGAUUAAUGACCAAACAUGUAAAGAUAUGCAGUUUCUAAGUUUUGGAAAGUGAAAUGUUGACCAGAUCUUGUCUUAUACAGGAUUCUGGUUGUUAAUUUUUGUUGAAUGUCUAGAAAAUUAGAUGAAAUUGAAUUAUUUUUCGGAGUAUUUGGAUAGUCUAACAAGAGGUUGCACAUUUGUAAUAUAAUAAGAACUAUUUGUUUGAAUCUGAGGAUGUUUUAUGUUUGUUUUGGUCUUUCAGGCUUCAGCCCAUUUGUCCCAUCGACAGCAGACUGCCACCUCCCGAGCCGGAGCAGAUCCCCCUCCGAACUCUACAAUUCAAACGAGGCCUGCUUCAUGAACUCCGCAAAGGCAAUGCUACCAAAGAGCAAAUCCGCCUGCACAACCUGGUCCAGCAGCUUCCUCGGGCCAUCAUCAUCGGGGUGCGUAAAGGCGGAACCCGCGCUCUGCUGGAGAUGCUCAACCUGCAUCCAGCUGUGGUCAAGGCCUCGCAAGAGAUUCACUUCUUUGACAACGACAAGAACUAUGCUCGGGGCAUCGACUGGUACAGGGAGAAAAUGCCCUUCUCCUUCCCUCAUCAGAUCACCAUUGAGAAGAGCCCCGCCUACUUCAUCACAGAGGAGGUCCCUGAACGCAUCUUCAAGAUGAACUCCUCCAUCAAGCUGCUGAUCAUCGUCCGUGAGCCCACAACCAGAGCUGUGUCGGACUACACGCAAGUGUUGGAGGGCAAGGAGCGCAAAAACAAGACCUACCACAAGUUUGAGAAGCUGGCCAUCGACUCCAGCACCUGUGAGGUGAACACAAAGUAUAAAGCGGUGCGGACCAGCAUCUACACCAAACACCUGGAACGCUGGCUUAAGUACUUUCCUGUGGAGCAGUUCCACAUUGUGGACGGGGACCGCCUCAUCACGGACCCGCUGCCCGAACUUCAGCUGGUGGAACGCUUCCUCAACCUCCCCUCCAGGAUUAGCCAAUACAACCUGUACUUCAACGCCACCAGAGGGUUUUACUGUCUGCGAUUUAACAUUGUUUUCAACAAGUGCCUGGCAGGCAGCAAGGGCCGCACCCACCCGGAGGUGGACCAGUCAGUGGUGACCAAACUGCAGAAGUUCUUCCACCCCUUCAAUCAGAAGUUUUACCAGAUCACCGGACGGACUUUCAACUGGCCCUGAUGACACAUUUGGAGCCUUUGGUUUGUUGUGAUUUUUAGACACCAAGCUACAUGAUCUGAAGAGUUCUUAAAAGCACUUUGACUGAAUUUAAUACGAGAAUGACAGUGUGACCAAAUAUAAAACAGAACUUGAUGUACGGUUGUUUUUAAGAGUGUGACGCUGAAACAAAACAGUUUGAUGGUUUGACUAAAAGACUCACUUCAAAGCUCUUUAUCUCGGAGAUUAAUUCACCUGUCUGUCAAUGUCCCCCAUGAAGAGGAGAGAAAACAGUCCUGAGCUUUGAGAUUAACUAAAGAGAUUAUUUUUGUUGCUCUUUAAAAGACUAUCAGACACUCAUGCUGUUCAGAUGAGCUUUAAGUGUGACGUUUCCCCACGAUAAAAGAAGACAAAAUGACAUCUGAUGAAUUGAACUGUUCAUUUGUUCCCCCAUUAUGCUGUUUUGUUGAUAAAAUCUGCAUGUGCAAUCACGACUCCUAUCAUUACUCAGUGGACUCAUGUUUCAGCGUCUUCUGCUUUUUUAUUUGUCACAUUUAUUUCGAGUCCAUGCUGUGAUUCAUCAGAAAAUCAGAAAGAGACCUCUUUGGGUCUCAUCCCAGCACCCAUCCUGAAGAUCAGACCAGAGUUCAGUGUUUCAAGCUUGACUCAAACAUUUCCAAAGCUUUUAAAGCAUUUAAAGACUCAAGCUUGUUUUUCUAAUGUUCAUAUGUCUUUUCCGUGCCUCCCUCACAGCUUUUCCUUUAAUUUGCAAACACAGGGCAAAAAGCCAUAGUGGAAAAAAAAAAGAAAAAAGAAAGAAAAAAAAAACUGUCCUCUGAUGAUUCCUGUCAAAUCGACUGUUUAUUCUAUGAUGACUCUGUCUGUUUCUGUGCAAAUAUUCAUUCUGUAUCAUAAGUGUUGUUAAAGAAGGUGAAAUUAAAUGAACAUGUCAACAUG